CUCACUGGCCCACGUGGCAGGACGAUGUGGGAAAAGGGCAGCCUUCAGGUGACGAUGUAUCGCACCUUGGUCAGUAUCCAGGCACUUCCGAAAGCAAUUAAAAGUGCAUGCGCCGAGAAUGACGUAACAAGUUAAGGUACAGCGUGUAGGAAUGGUUGUAAACUCCACCCCCCUCCUGUGCAACAGCCACGUGAAGAAAAUUCAACUGGUGAAGUUAUUCCCCUCACUGCAACCCGAAGGCUGGGAAAGGCUUUACCAGCAGAAUGUUUUGUCCUGCAGCUGUUACCCAAGGAAGGCGGGCUGGGAUGUGUGUGGUGGAGGGGCGGGCAACUCUACGGGGCAGCAACCCGAGAAGGGUGUUUCUGUGGCCCUUCUUGCACGUCUAAGCUCGACGAGGCGUCCUGUAGCAUCCGAAAGCUUGCUCCCAACAUUUGAAAAAGCCCGUAUCCUAUCAGCGUGCUUCAAAGCAGCCAGCUCCUCACGAGCCCAGCGCUCGACCCGGCCUCCCUGCUGCGGCUCCGCCUUCGCCGCCCCUUCCCUCAGCCGGCCUCCCCUCGCUAAGAGCCGGAAGUGGACGCGCGGCAGCAACAGCCAUCCCAGCGCGGGGAGCGAAAGAGGCGGGGAAGCAGCAGCAGGAGGAGGAGAAGCGGGCUUGGAGUCGAGCUCGCCAGUAAGUUUCUCCGCGGCGGGGACGACGGGAAAUGGCUGCGGCGACGGCUGGUGCUUCGGGAUGGAGGCUCGCUGAGGUGAGGGCGAGUCUGCAAGGCUGCGAGGGGGAGGAGAAGGGAACGGGAGAGACCCCUCGGGGAGCGUUUGCUGCAGGCGAAACGCGGCUCCCAGGGGGCGCAUCCCCGCGCUCAGCCUCUCUGGGCCGCCUUCUUCCUCGCCGUUGAGGCCGCGCUUCCUCGCUCGGUCCCCGAAAACCCCAAGGCAUACUCAACCCCAAGGCGCCCGCCGAGGGGCUUCUUCGCUAACUCCCCUUGAGGAGGAGGAGGAAUGAAUUAGGGGGGCUGGUCUGCUUGGGUCGUCUGGCGCCCGAGGCCAGCCAAUUAAGGUGGCGCCGAGGAGGAGCUGUCUGCGUGUGGCUCCACUUCGGAGUAAGGAGACGCUGGAGCAGAUAAGGAGGCCUCCUCCAUGCUGCCUUGCGAGAAAUAGGGCAGCCGAGGAAUAGUCUCUCGCUUUCCCACUCCUCCCACCCACCCCCUCGCCUUCGCGGCCUUGCAGAGCAGUUGUUUUGUUUGGGGGUUUUUUGGCACACGCAGAUGACUGCGUCUUCCCGCUAAUAGUAUUGCGUCGAGAGACGGAGAACAAGCUGUAGUUUUGACUCACCGAAACAAAUUCCCACGGGUUUGGUUUGUGGGGGGCCUAAUAAAUUGCGGCUUGAGCAUCCUUGGGCAGGUUGGCACGCAACCGGGAGACAUACGAUUGCUCGCACUCCAGCGUGUGUUGACAGUAGUUGCAAAUGCUGCUGGUGUAUCACCGGUGUCCAUGUGAUCAAGCCUCAAAGUAGUAAUUAACGGUGGUAAUAUAGAUGCUGUGGUGCAUAGGAGCAGGUUUUUAUGGCCAAAGGCCCUUGGGUACCACAAGUUGUAAAGCAGCAGUUGGGCUGGGAAACGUUUAAUACAUGCAGCCAGAUUUGAUUAUCACCGGUGUUAUUCCUGGGGUAGAUGCUAGAACAGCUAAACAAAACACUGUAAUGUUGCCAUGGGUGCUUAUAGGAACUAUAGUAGAACUCUCUGAUUCUAGGUUCAGACACUAGUGGUAUUUGAUUGUAUUUGUGGACACCAGAUAUAAGGAGCAAUAUUUGUUACUGGCUGUUUUAUAUUUUGUAUCAUAUAAAUAUCUUUGUUUACUGGGAUACUGAAGAGCUUAAUUGAUUUUACUUGUUGGCCUUUUAUUAUUUAAAAGUGUGUUUACUUUUAAAGAUCUGACGCUCAAAUGCUGAGUUUUUAUCCCUUUAGACUUCUUGGAUGUGUAGUCUCUUUGCUGCGAGAAAGCUUAGAAGUGUUCUGAGUGUUUAUACUAGCUUUUUGUUACAGAAGCUGGUAGGGAGGACAUAUACAAUGCAUUCUGUAUUAUUUUGCAACUGCAGUUUUCUGAAGAGGAAUCAUGUCACAGGGUGGGAUUCAGCUUUGUUUUACUCAGAGUAGACCCACUGAAAUAUAUUUACCUAACUUAUUCAUGCUCGUCAAUUUCAAUGUGUCCUGAGUAAAACUUAGUUGAAUACCACCCAUAGUUUCACAGAAUUGAGACAUGAUGCUGUGGUAAACAGAAAAGAGCAAAAUUGCUACAUUCAAGUUAAACUUCACUUGUAUAUGAUACUGGUUUUUGAUCUUAACUAUUUGCUGUUCAAGUGACUCAUUGGGCAGUUUUAUGUUUCACAAAAGAGUAAAGGUCUUGUUAUUCAAGGAAGAGGCAUAAGAAAUGUAAAAGUUUAAUGUGUACAGUUUUAUUUGAGGCAGCAGCCGAUAAGAACUGAAGCGUACAGUAUAUGGUAGGAGUAUAAGUGUAGGUUGUACUUAUUUAUAGCCAUUCAGUGGAAGUUAAUAUAUUUAUGGAAUCUCUAUAUUUAGUAUGCACUGACGUACAGAGGAGAAAAAUAAAGUAUAAAUGAUUAGAAAAUCUGUUGCUUCUGGCACCAGUACAAAACAGGCCAUAGCUAAAGUUCUGAUUCUGCAAGUAUUGAAACUUAUUCACAAGUUCACUGUUAGUUGUAUUUUUGCUUUAGCAUGUCAAGUUGGGAACAGGAAAGCGAGAAGUAAGGUGUGACAAUCCUGAAAGCAGAAAUAAAACUGGGAAAACUGAGGGAAAUUCGCAUUUCCCAGGGAUUCUCCCUAUGGUUUCAUACUUAAUAUCCCCACAUAUCUUCAUACUGGAUCUUUUCCCCUGAGGAAUGUUUGUCCUCCACCCACCACAUUCCAUUGUCCUUUGUGGCAGGCUUUUUUGUCAUUCUGCGUAUGUUGCUCUUGCCACUUUGUGCUGCAGAAGUAAAGAUCCCAUUAACAUAACUAUUUUUAUAGUGACAUAUUCAGUGUUGGCAUGCUGAACUCAUUUGAAUGUUUUGAUAUGUGAAGCUGCUUUGUACAGAGUCAGACCAUUAGUUCAUCUAGAAAUUUCCCAGUUUUGAAUAGAUUUUUUCCAGCUUUGCCAGGGCAUGCCAGGGAUAUCUGCUACUGAUGUUAUACGCCUCCGCUAUCUCCUUAAAUGCCAGUGGCUUCAAGAUUUAAUCCAAUGUUUUUUCUUUGCAAAGAUGCCAGUAUUGUAUCAUCUUAUUAACUAUACUGCACAUGCCUCUGGCAGCUGUUUUAAUGUCUUCCAUGUCUUUCAUCACAUAAGAUUUAAUAUUCUGCAACCAGAAAAUUAUAUGGAUAGUGCAUUAAAUAAGGAUAGUGGGUUAAAUUUGAGGGUGUCAGUUCCAAGAUCCAGCAUAGGUUUCCCUUUGGAGAAAAGCAGGAAAUAUUGUUGCCUAUUUUUCAUUCACUGCAUCUCAUACUCAUCAUACUCAUACUGCUGGAGCAUCCAAUAAUAAUAAUAAUAAUAAUAAUAAUAAUAAUAAUAAUUUAUUUCUACCCCACCCAUGUGGCUGGGUUUCCCCAGUUACUCUAGGCAGCUUUCAACAGAACAUCAAAAACAGAAUAAAACUUCAAAAAAACACUAGGAACUUCCCUAAACAGGGCUUCCUUCAGAUGUCUUCUAAAAGACGGAUAGUUGUUUAUUUCCUUGACAUCUGAAUGGGAGGGCAUUCUACAGGGUGGGCGCCACUACCAAGAAGGCCCUCUGCCUGGUUCCCUGUAACCUCACUUUUCACAAUGAGGGAACCACCAGAAGGCCCUCGGCAAUGGACCUCAGUGUCCGGGCUGAACGAUGUGGGUGGAGAUGUUCCUUCAGGUAUACAGUGGUACCUCUGGUUACAUACUUAAUUCGUUCUGGAGGUCCGUUCUUAACCUGAAACUGUUCUUAACCUGAAGCACCACUUUAGCUAAUGGGGCCUCCCGCUGCUGCUGCGCCACCGCCACGUGAUUUCUGUUCUCAUCCUGAAGCAGUGUUCUUAACCCGAGGUAUUAUUUCUGGGUUAGCGGAGUCUGUAACCUGAAGCGUAUGUAACCUGAAGCAUAUGGAACCUGAGGUACCACUGUACUGGGCCGAGGCCAUUUAGGGCUUUAAAGGUCAGCACCAAUUGAAUUGUGCUCCGAAACAUACUGGGAGCCAAUGUAGGUCUUUCAGGACCAGUGCUAUAUGGUCUCAGCGGCCACUCUCAGUCACCAGUCUAGCUGCCACAUUCUGGAUUAGUUGCAGUUUCCAGGUCACCUUCAAAGGUAGCCCCAUGUAUAGCGUGUUGCAGUAGUCUAAGCAGGAGAUAACUAGAGCAUGCACCACUCUGGUGAGACAGUCUGCGAGCAGGUAGGGUCUCAGCCUGUGUACCAGAUGGAGCUGGUAGACAGCUGCCCUGGACACAGAAUUGAUCUGCACCUCCAUGGACAGCUGUGAGUCCAAAAUGACUCCCAGGCUGCGCACCUGGUCCUUCAGGGGCACAGUUACCCCAUUCAGGACCAGGGAGUCCUCCACACCUGUGGGAGUGCAGAUGGUGGACUUUGGUGGAUUUACCUGUUGUCCUAGGCAUUUGGGGUAAACCUGUGAAGGACACAGUUUCUUUAGGUCUUCUCAUGCUGUUGUGUUUAUUAAUUGGAUUUACUAAUGACACUUUUUAAUUAAUGUAUAUCUUGGGUUGUAUAUUUUAUGAUAUGUUGUAAACCACCCUGGGAUCACCAUGUGAUGAAGGGUGAUCUACAAAUUUUAAAAUAAAUAAAGUCUGGAUUGAACCCAUUGCAUGUAAUUCAUUGUAUAUGAGCAAUGCCAGAUGAAAUGUAUGGUUUCCAAUGCAGAACAUUCUUCUAAGUAAGAAAUCUCAUCUGGUUUAAAAUGGAUUCUAGAGUUGGACUGAGCUGUGUUGGCAAGACAGUGCUUCACAAUUUUCCACAGUUACUGAUGUAGAAAUAAACUGCUUUUAAGUUUAGAUAUGCUCUUCCAAGCAUUGCAUUUGUAGCAUUAUAUAGAAGUAAUUAAUAUACAUAAACAAUGCACUUGUUCUAAUAAUUAUGAGAAAUAUGUAGCUGUGAGUAGCUGCUGUUAAUUACAGCUGAAAUAUUUUAUAUACAUUUCUUGCUUAGUCUUAGUGUUAUGUGUGAAUGCAGCCACUGAGUAACACUCUUAUUUGUUUAUUCCCAUCACCUAUGUUCUUUUGCUGAAUUCUAAUGCCUGUGCUUAUCUACCCUAUUCAGCUCUGUUGGAAAUACUGGAAGAAGGGUAGCCAGAGCUAACCCUGACACCAAUGGAAGUCUGAACAGCGUGCUUGCUGAAACUUGAGUGGUUGCACUUUUUCAGCCCCUGUUCUCGGACUACCUACAAAAUUUGAUCACACUCACACGUCAUUCUUAGGGUUUGCAUGUUCCCCUCUACUUGGGUUAUGUGUGUCUGUCUCGCAGAUGAAGAACCUAGGCUUUAUUAGAAACCAACAGUCCUUGGGACUGUGCACAUGAAUAACACAAAAGGAAGCAGGAGCAGGAAUUAUUUAAGCAUAGGUUAAUUUUAUUACUUCAUUCAUUGCAUUUAUGUGCUGCCUCAUAACACAAAAUUCUGUAGGUUACUUAGCGCAAACAAAAUGCAUAUGCAGCUGGUUUGAGAAAUGAGACAAAUGGUUGCUGAUUGAUACUGCAUUGUUUUUCAUUUUACAAGCAUACAAUAAAAGCUUGGACCUAGUUCUUGAAGCGGUUUUAGAAAUCUACCAUUUUGAAAUACUUUUUCAUUUGAUUUUGCAAAUAUAGUUCAUUUUGUUUCUAACGAGUGUUUUUCUCUCUCCUUCCAGUGCUUCUGAAUCUGGCUUUGAACAUUUUGGAGCCAAGGAUUUGCAGAAGAGGUGACUGGAGUUGUUAAUGGACAUCUGUUUUCACGGCAUGGCACAAAUAUCUAGCAGCAAUGAAGUCAAACAGCGUUCAUCACCAUCUUUGGGCACAGCAAAGGCAAAAGAAGUGGACAAAGAGGAGGCGCUGCAGAUGGAAGCUGAGGCUCUAGCUAAGAUGCAAAAGGAAAGAGUGGUAGCUGGUAACAGACAAAGUGUUGACAUUUUAAGCAACUCUUGGCCAACUGUACAAUCCCACAGGAAACAGGACCAUGAUCUUAUGGUGUUUCCAGAGUCCGAUGCCAAGAGAAAGAUGGAUGAUAAGUUAAAUACAAUUGAGAUAGAAAAACUAAGCCAUGCUGAGCUAGAGAAACUACUACUUGAGGACAGUUCUGAGUCAAGCAAACACACCACGUUGCCAGCAACUCCUAUUCUGAGUUCAUCAUUUUCUUCACAGUUUUAUGCCAACCCUACUAUUCAAAGAGGACAGUGGACACCUGGGUUUCCUGGGCCGCCUUCUUGCACUGUACCUUCUAUUUACCCAGCAAAUUCUUACAGCAAACAAGUUGGUAUCUUUCAGAAUGGCUUCCAUCCAGGUAUGUCCACUUACCAGUCUUCAAAGCCUAUUUAUCUAAGUCUUCCAGAGAGGUCCCAGUACAUUACAUAUGCACUGCCUUCUACUUCAGCCUUCCAUCCACAGAGAAGUUUGCCUAUAUAUCAUCCAACACUUACCCCUGAAAUGGCAAAAGUAUUUGAUAAGAUAGCAAGCACUUCAGAAUUUCUGAAAAAUGGGAGAUCAAGCACAGACUUAGAAGUGACUGCUACUAAAUCUACAAUUAACUUACCAACCUCUGAAAACUCCAGUGAUAUUAGUAAAUUUGAUUGGUUGGAUUUGGAUCCUUUAAGUAAACCGAAAGUCGACAGUAUGGAUAUAUUGUAUGCGGCAGAAGAUGAUGCAAAGGUGACUUGUAGUACAGUUGUAGAAGAUCCUUGGGAUGCUGUGCUACUGGAGGAGAAAUCCCCAGGGAAAUGUCGUCUUGAAAGAAAAGUUAGUGGGAAGUCUUCUUCUGGGGCAACAGUUACAAGAAGUCAGUCUUUAAACAUUCGAACCGCUCAGCUUACUAAGUUACAGGGCCAAACAUCACAGGUAAAACAUAUCCUGAAAGCUUAUUUUCAUUUUGUAAGCUUGCUUUCAUUUUGAAAAGUUGAUACUAUUUAAUGGAAUGAAGAAUUUGUUCCCUGCCCAACCAUAAUUCUACAAAUAAUUGAUUAUUAGAACUUUUAAGAAAAUUGUGAAUUCGGUAACUUGUGUGUUUAUUUUGCAUUAAUUUUUAAAUUGGAAAUUUUAAAUUAAAAAAUAUUGUUCCUGUUAAGUACUACAGUCACAUUUUCUAAAGAAUGCAGUAUAGCUUCAGACAAUUGCCUUCUAGAUGUGCAGAAGUCAGAAGAAAGAACGGUGAGUAGGGAGAGUUUUAUUUGCCUUCAUUACUGCCCCUACCUUGCACCCCCACCAUCAGAAACCAGGUUUGUGUAGCUGCUUCAUUACUGAACAGUACACAGCUGUGGGUAGACCUUAUGCAGCUCCAUCAGAUCACAAACCUUAGAGUGAGACACUAAGUCCGCAGAUUAAGGGAACCCUCUGGUUACGAUAAUUUUUUGGCGUGAUAUUUUUCCUCCUACUUGUAAAGUCCUUCAACCUCACGAAAAUACACAUACUUGGGGCAAUCCUGACUGUGGGUGGCCCUGGUUUGCAACCCGGCUGAUAAAGUAUAGGAUCACAGAAUUGGGAAUUAGAAGGAAAAAAUUUAGGACCCACAAAAUGUUGCCGAGUAGCCUCCUGUUGAGGCUCCACCCAGUCUAAAACAGAAGGCCUGGUCUCGUUUCUGUAAAACUUUUCGUACUGUGCUAUUUAGUUCCAAAGAGAUUCAGAACUGGCUUCCAGAAUGGGGUUUGUUUAUGGUUUUUUUGGUAUCUAAUAGCAGUGGGGGGAGGAUACUUUUUUUGAGGAAUGUGGAAGGAGUGAAUACGCCACAUAAUGCUGUGAUAGUAGUCCUAAUCUCAUGGUUUGCAUACCCCAGACUUUAAUUCCCCUGAAAUACUGUAGCAGUUAGCAGCUCAAAGAUGCCAAGCCAAUGCCCUCUGCAUCCCUUUCCCCUAUUAUUAAUUAUUAUUAUUCUCCAACUAACACUUUCAACACUCUGGGCUUCUUCAAAGCAGGUGAUUGUGCUCAGUUCCCAUUAGGAUGUUUUUGGAGUUCUUUUCCUUUUUUAAAAAUGCAGAAACUACUAUAUUUUCUGUGGGCAGCUCCAUUUUACCGCUAAACUAAUUGGUCCAGAAUCACCAAGUGUGGUAUUAGAAGGGAUGAUUAUUAUUCAGUUUAAUCAUUAUCGAAAAGUCACAAACAGUUCAGGUAGGUUAAGAGUAGUCAGUGUAUGUGCAAGUAAACUUAAUUGUGAUGAGUUCUUAAAGUCUGGUUAUUCCUAUACUAAAGACUUACUGACAUCACAUGGGCUACUUGUGAGGAAGUGGUUUCAGGAUUUCUGCCAUUGUGUAGUUGGUUACUUUGCAGAACUACUGUAAUAAGAUACUUCUGCUGAAAAAAAAUAAUUUUUAAAGAUUAUUUUUUCCAUGUAAACAGGCUCUUUUAAAAAAAUUGCAUUAGAAACUCUUAUAUCCCAUAUUUCAUACUGAUGUACCACACAUAAUGCUCUAUGUAGUAUAUUAAAUAUAUAAACUUGGUCCCCAAAUCUCUGUGGUUUAUCCUUUACAAAGAGGUUCCAUCUGUGUGAUCUGUCAUGAGUAUUAGGAGGAAGUAGACAUUUAGGCCCCGUGCAUGAUCAAAACUAUCUGGCAUGGGAACAAAGCUUUGCAACUCGGCUGGAUAACACUUCAGCAGAACAAAACAAAGGCCUGAGAUUUAAUAUGCUCACAACGGUUCUCAAAUUUCGAAGUGUUUUUUUCCUAGUGUAGGAAGUGGCAGUCAUAUUAACCCCUACUGUUCAUUUAUUACUCUUUAGAAUGCCCAUGUAGGACCUCUGAGUCUGUUGGGAUGUGCGUUAUUUGUUUGCCAUGACAUGACAGCCAGAUAAUAAUAAAAUGGAUUAGUCAGCUCAUUUGUAUGCCUAGGGUGUGGGUCUUUUCUGGGGUUUCUCUAGUUGUAGUUUUUGUAUUAAAUUUUUCUGCAGGGAUAGUCAAUAGGAGUGAUGGGAGUUGUAGUCCACAGCACCUGGAGAGUACCAUAUUGGCUACCCCUAUCGUAGAUUAUGGGUUCCGUAUAUGUGGUGGUGUUAGAGAAGAUAAUUUAUUAUGGUCAAAGACCAGCUCGUAUGUGUGGUGGUGUUUUUAUUAUAUUCAGUAAUUUUGGUUUCUAACAUUUUUAUCGUAACCAUCUAGUUAGGGUUUGCACUGAAAUACAGGAUAGAACUAAAUGUGUCAGAUAAAUUUGACUGCCGUUACACUUAGGCAUUUUUUAUUCACAAAAUUAAAAUUAUAUUAAAAUAUCAGGUAUUAGCUUGAUCUAAGACUUGGGCAUUUAAUUUUGUUUUCAGCUACAGAAUAUAAAUGUUAUGCUGAAUCAGACCAUUUAAUUCAGCAUUCUUCCUUGGAGGUAAAACUAAUGAAUCAGUUGUCUAUUAAAUGUAGCAAAAUCCCUGUCCCAGGAGCUAUUGCCAUUUAAUUUAAUGUCAUGUUCACUUCUGUUAAAACACUAUGUGAUAUCUUCAUAAAUUAAAUCCUUACUCUAUUCACAAUUCGGUUAUGCUAGGUAAAGCUCAGUCUUUAAAUUGGAGACAUGUGUUAUGCUUUCUUCAACAAAGUUUCUCAGAAACCUUGAUGCUGUGGAAAGUUUAAAAUGACAUACAUAUUAUCAAAACUAAAUAUAUUGCAAGUCACAUUAGCACUUUGGAAAUUUAUUUUCAUUUUUAUCACAUUUGCAGCGCAAUGAGAAUCGUGUUUACAUGGAAAUAAAAUCAGUGAGGCUAAAUAUAUAAAUGGUUGGUUUAUACCUCGGAAAGUAGGAAGAGAUAUGUGAGGUUAAAACAUCUGGUAUAUUACUGCAUUGUAAGCCACAGUCUUUUUCUUUGAGGAAAAAAUGGCAAGCCACGUAGGCAACUGGAAGUAAACACAGCUAAAAUUCUCCUCCCAUCCACACAGGAGGGGAAUGUGCAUGUUCAAGGUUCACUGCAGUACACUCACAUUGUACUAAGUUAUGGUUUAGCAUUACAUUCCAACAUGGCUAGUUUGCUAUGUCUAGGAUAAACUGUGGUUAGUUUCAACUAUGGUUUGUACAAACAAGUAUACUUCAAACUGUGAUUUAGAAUCUUGACUUGUUAAGAUAAGCUAUAGUUGAAAAUAAUUGCAGUUCGCAGCUGAGACAGAAUGAUGCACUGUGGUUAACUGAAAACAGAAGCAAAUGCUUCUAAUCUUCUCUUGGCCACACUGUAGGAACAGGGGAGGAGAGGCAAGCUUGUGCAUAUAAUGCUAAAUUUGUUUUAGUGUUCCAUCCAAACCAGGUUAGGUUUUUUUUAUCAUCAUCAUUUACCCACAUUUCACUCCAAGGUCCUGGGGCAGGCUACAACAUUAAAACACAAUAUUAAAAAGGGUUUAAAACAAUUUACAACAAUCACAGAACGUUGAAGAAUGUACUUCAUGGGAGUUGGUUGUAAAAAAAAAAAAAGCCACUUUCUGUGGGUUAGAGCCAAAGAUCUCUAGGUAUUAGCAGAAGACACUCGAUGGCUCCCCCAGAGUAGUUUGUAGUGUGGUGGAGGGGCUGCAGCCUGAAUCCAAGCCAAGGUAAUUUUUUUGGUACCAGCUGGUUUAAUUGAUGCUACCCAGCAACGUGACAAAUGGCAGACCAGGACCAACAUACUUGUGUUAUUUUAUUUUACUGUUGGCUAUUGAAUGGAGGACUAAUCAUAUGCUGCCUUUCAGAGUGUAUUUUGGCACUGAUAAAUGGGACAUUUCCUCUUGUGGCAUGUCAUAUGGUACAUGUGCUUUAAAUCACAAGUGAAUGUGUGAUUUAAGCAGUUGGCACAAAAAUGGCACAGGUGGCAGGAGCUAUGGCAUUAAAGGAACUCCUAUUUUGAAGUUGUUCAUAUAAGACAUUGUAUGAGUUACUUUUUUACAUUUUCCCCUGGAGAUUAUCUUUAAAAUUUUGGAUUUUGACUUGACUAAUAGCAGCUGCAUAAAUAUUUGUUCAGGUCUUUUAAUAACAUGAAUAAAAUGUUCCACAGACUUUUGAAGUAAACCUACUCACAUCUUAUUUCAGGACUUAAUUCCACAAGAAUGCCAUCAAAUUCUGUAUAAUGGAAAUUAGAGGUAGAAGCCAUAAAACUGUGAUUAUUUUAAGACUAAAUAAUUAGAACUAAGAAUUCCUUUAGUAGGAGUUCCAGAUCAUAAUCCAUUUCACUUGCUUUUAUUUGGAAAGUGGAAUCAGAGAACAGAAAAUAUCCUGUUUAUGUCUGUUGCAAUAUCAUCAUAUUAAAUUUGAGACUGUAUGCCUCAGUCUAAACAGAUGUAGGCUGCAAUCCUGUACCCACUUACUUGGGAGUAAACCCCAUGGAACCUCUUUCUGAGUGAGUGCAUAUAGGAUUAUGCUGUUGGUGGUGGGGUUGGGGUGAAGAUUUGUUAUAAUUAUGUCAUAAUGGUGUGUUUAAAUCUGGUUUUUCCAUCUGUCUAUAUGUGUUAUGCAAUAUAUACUGUUGAUUAUAUUGUGUGUGUGCAUGUGUGUAUGUGUUUAAAUAAACAGAAAAUGAAUCCAUCAUCAGAUAAUGAGAGUACCAGGUUGAACUGGAAAUUUUUCAGAGACACAGUUGUUGCGUAUUAAGGUGGAGAAUUUUUCCAAAAAAAAAAUUUAGUUUCUAUACUGGUUUUUGGUAGAAGGCCCCCACAACAGUCAAAAGCAUAUUAAUACAACAGAAGAUACAGUACGGUAUAUAAUAAUCUACCAGAACAAUAUAUGACAACAAAAUCUCAAGAUAGAGACAAGGCUAAAAUAGAAUUUUCCCAAGCUAAAGAAUUAGAGUGUUCUUAACAACCCUACAUUCCAUACAUUUAAGUGUUAGAAGCCUGAACAGACAAUGAGCCACACUAAAAUAAAAUUACAUCUGACUAAAGGAAUUAAGCAGUACUCUCACUUCUACCCAUUUUAACUAUUCAGGGGUUUAGGGCAAACAAGCAAUCCAUGUAAAAUGUCCACACGAAAACAAAAACCAAUGGGAAGCAUGCCCAGUAUCUAUAGCUGCCACAAUUUAACACACAUUUAUUUGUUUGUUUGUUUGUUUGUUUGUUUGCUAAGCAGAAGCAAAUACAUUUCUAUGAUCUUGAGACUUGAGGCAUUUAUAGCAAUAACCUGGAACGGCAGUGUUUGAAGCUACUUGAAACAUUGCUCUAAGUCAGAGGUGAGCAACCCACGGUCUAGACUAGAGGACCCAUGGUGCCGUGCACUACUUCCCUUGGUGCACUUCACCCGCCCCCAGAAGCCUGAAGGAAAAAAUAUAGAGAAAGAAGGAGUAAAUGAUGUGAGGAAAGGACAAAUGUUUGUGUGAAUAAACGGGUGUGUGGUAAGAGAGAAUGAAAUGUUCAGUGAACAGCGCAGCUAGACAAGGUGUCUGACCCUUUAUGUGCUUUGAUCCCAUUUGCAACCAUCAAUAAGUGGCCCUGACCAUUUCCCCAUCCUCCAGGAAUGUGGAACUCAACCCUGGGAAGGUUGCCCACCCCUACCUACUCUUAGCAGUGGUAGACUGCUUUCUAUAAAACAAAUGUAUUUGGAAUCAAAUACACUUAGUUUUGCCAGCUCUGUCCCACCUUUAGCCACUGCAGGUGAGACUAGAGCUAUGCUUUCACUGGCUUCUUUCUUCAAAACUUUCUUAGGCAUUACAGAUAUAGACCAUCUUAAAAUACAUGCAAAAAUUUAAAAUAUAUACAAAGAAGCAGCCAUUCAAGAUAUAUAGUAACAGAAUAUUUCAUUGGGAUGUCUUCCCGCCAAACCGUGCCAUUUACCACUGUAAGAGAUACUAUUGAAAUUCAGCCACCCUUGCAGCAACCCUUACCUCCGGGUUAAUAUCAGACAGGUAGAAUCUGAUAUUUUCAUUGUGGCAUGAUGUUAAACUACCCCAAAAAGGGGGAUAACACACAUUUAUGUAGCUGGUUGUACAGUGGACAGUAGAAAUCAAUAUGUUCUACAGUGUCUAGCACAUUCAAAUAACAUCCACAAUGUCUAUCAUUUCUAGAGAUGUUUAAAUAUCUGCCCUUAACAAAAGCUGAGGGGAAACGUUCCGUUGGGCUAACAUAAAUGCCAUGUGUUGGGCUGGAAUUACUAGCUUUGAGAUAUAAGUGUUAUUGGUUGCAUUUAAACUAUAGAACUUUGGGGAGCAGAUUUUAUUUACAGCUGAUUAAAUGUUUUGUUUUUCAAUAUCCCAUAAUCAAAUUUGGAUAUUGCAAUAAAUAUAUUGCUUACUAGAAUUACACAUUAAUUCCAAGUCAAUACCAAUAGAUCUAUGAGUUGUAUGAGCUGGAGCCAUCUGGAUUUAUAGGAGUCCUUGAGUAAAUCAGAAAGCAGACUCGAAAGUUGGGAACGAAAAUGGCAAAGCAGCCAGUAUUUUAUAGUGCUAGUCCACGCCCAAUAUUCCAUCAUGUGUAUACUUAAUUAUGCACACAUCGUCUCAUACUUGAUUGAAUUUGGGAGACCAAGGAAUACGUCUCAAGAAAGGCUUAUAGGAGUCAUGUCUAUCACUGCUUUACUUCUUUAUUCUUAAAUUUCAGACAGACAAUGGGACCAGUAACCUGCCAACAGGAAAUAAAUUUCUCAAAAAUGGUGAUGGCCAAGAUCAAGAACAAGCAGCAUUUUGUGAUGCCAUUGCAAAGUAAGCAUUAGUGUGGUGCAAACAUCUUUAAGGAAGUAAAUGACAGCAAUAGUUUCAUUUAUAGGCUUGACACUUGAGUAUUUUGUUUCAUGUGUCAUGUGUUAUAUCCAUGCUUUUUUACUGGUUUGGAGGAAAAAUGCAAUUUUUUUAAUAGUUAUUAAGCAGCAAAACACUUAAGAUUGAUUUCUGAAUUUUUACUGCAUAUUCAUAUGGCUGUAGGAUGUUUUAGGUAAAGGGUAAAGGGACCGCUGACCAUUAGGUCCAGUCGUGACCGACUCUGGGGUUGCGGCGCUCAUCUCACUUUACGGGCCAAGGGAGCCAGCGUACAGCUUCUGGGUCAUGUGGCCAGCAUGACUAAGCCGCUUCUGGCGAACCAGAGCAGCGCACGGAAAUGCCGUUUACCUUCCCGCCUGAGCGGUACCUAUUUAUCUACUUGCACUUUGACGUGCUUUCGAACUGCUAGGUUGGCAGGAGCUGGGACCGAGCAAUGGGAGCUCACCCCAUCACAGGGAUUCGAACCGCCGACCUUCUGACCCACAGCGCCACCCGCUGAUCUGUUACAAUACUAUGUAAUGGAGAAUUGGGGGAAAGAGGGGAACCUGAAAUUUGUGCACUAGGAAAUGUUGAAUUCUGUGAUUACAUAAUUUAUUCCAUGGUGUGUAGAUUUGCAUAAACUUGUUCACUUUUAAAAUCUGAUUCAGAUAUCUUUUGUAUAGAUAGUUUGAGAUUUGUAGGAUAAUGGAACAUUAGUUUCCAUGAGUACAAGGCCAAUGACUGGUCUCAUAGGGUGGAGGGGAAACAAGUAAAACAGUUUUUAAGCAAAUGAAUUAACUGUGUGAAUCUAACUGUUUACUAAGAAAUAAGUAACAUUGUGAACUCCAUGUAAGUGUACUUUAUCUUCAUCAGAGCAAGGAACUUACAUACAUAUUGCUUACAGGUUGAGGACCAAGUUUCCCUAUGACAAUCUUGAUACAAACUCAGGAUUUGUGCUGAGCCCAGUAAUGUUGCAAAGAAAUAUCAGUGGAGAGAACUCAAGCAUCAAGAUUUCAAUAGAAAUUGAAGGUUUCCAACAGCCAGUGAUAUUUACAUGUGAUGGUAUGGGUGUUUUCAUUUUUUAUAAAUGAUGUUUCCAUAGAUCAAAAGAUUACCUCAAGAUGAAAAUUCCAAGAAUUAUUUGCAUCCUAAAUUAUUAGCACACAUGAGAAUAGUCAUUAUUCUACAGUUUGUGUUUCAGUUGGUUGUAAAUACCAGUAGAUAAGAUUCCUCUUACCAAAUGCGUCUGGUGUAAUUAUUAGGGAACUGUUAAAUAGGCUGGGUUUGGGUUUUUGUUUUUGUUUUUACUAGAACUAGUUUAAGUGUUUCAAAUCUAUUAAUUGGGCAGCCUGGUCAAAUUUGCAUGUCAUGUCAGCCUUUUAAAUAAGUCUGGGAAUAAGCCAUCUCCCGUGUGAUAAAGUUGGCUAGCUUGGGUUCUAAAGUAACAUUUUAUUAUUUAGAUUAUCACCGCCACUCUCUUAAAUCAAGCAGUUUAAAUUAAAGUAUAGUGAACAAAUCAUUUUCCUUGUAGUUGAAAACUUGCAGACAUGUCAUUGAUCUUUUUAUGGAGAACCCUCAUAGAACUCACUGCAUAUUCUGGUAUGGUUACCAGGUCACUCUGAUAGUGACCACUCCCCUAAUACGUUACCUUGUACUGGAUUUUAUGUCUUUAAAGGACUUCUGCACUUAAAUCAGCUGGAAAUAGAAAUUAUAUUUCAUAUAAACAUCUAUUAACUCAUUUAAAUUGGAAAAACCUCAAGAGUUAGUGCAGAAUAAAAUAGUACUUUCUUAACUAUUGUCUUCUAUGUUUGUUUGUUUGUUUUUUGUCUUUAAAUAGCAAGUUCUCCAGUUGAGCUUAUAAUAAUGCAAGCACUUUGCUGGGUGCAUGAUGACUUGAAUGAUGUAGACAUUGACAGUUAUAUCUUGAAGGUUUGUGGACAAGAAGAAGUUUUGCAGAAGUAAGCAGAUACUUUCCCUCUCAAUAUUUAAGUGGGCUUAGGGUGCUUUCAGAAAGAGAAUAUUGCAAAUAAUGCAAAUGUUUGUUAACUUACUGGAUUUUCUGCAAAAAGAGUAAAUCUGGAUUAAAUACAGGCUCUCAUUUUGAUGAUGAUGUCGUGUGGACACUGGUGGGGGGGGACUUGUAUGUAUAGCCGAGAAGAGAUUUUUUGCUGAUCCCUCUUCUGCUCUGCACCUAAAAUAUGUUUGGAAAAGAGGGUCCUCCACCUCUCAAACAGAUUUUUUGGGUGGUUUUGAAGCCUGCUGUGUAUCUCCCAGACUCAUCAACUAUGCUAAGCCAUAGUUAACAAAGAAAAAGAGAAGAAGCAAGGGCAGUAGUGAGUGGGCAGUAGUGAGGAAGGGAGCACAUGUUGACUGCAAAGGCAUGUUACAUCUGCAUUGACCACAGUGUUGCUUUCUAGAUUCCAGUCACUAUUACUUUCCAGGAAAAUCUUUUAGAAAACGUUUUGCAAAUUUGAAAUGGUAGGCAACCACAUGCAUUUCUUUUACAGUAAGCACGGUGUAGGAAGCCAUGAAUACAUUCAGAACUGCCGAAAGUGGGACACGGAUAUUAAACUGCAGCUCUUGACCCGUAAUGUUAUAUGCAGAGAUUUGGCACGAACAGUAAGUACAAAGUGAACACACAUUCUCAAAACAACCUGACUUUAUUGAUUUCAUGUGUAUUAUUGAGGUUGUGCACAUUCCUUGCUCUCUCCUUGUAGCUUGGAACUGAGGAAAAAUAUAACUUGUUUUCAUUAUAGUUAUAAGUGAGGAUUAAAAAAACAUUUCAGCCUCUUAACUGUUCAGGAGCAUGGAGAAAUAUAUACUUGUUGCUAGUGAUUUCAUUUUAUAUAUUCUGUACUAUUUUGUCAACACUUCCUUAAAGCAUUAAAAGAACUUGAUAAAGCACUAUAAUUCGCCCCUGCCCUGUCAUCUACACUGCAUCAAGUAUCUAAUUUUCUUUUAUAAGACAAGCCAGUCCAGAUACAUAGAAUGUUAAUCUUGGUUUAUUGCUGUUUUUAAUUUUUUUAAAAUUUCUUAAAUGCCCAUUUUAAACUGUUUUUACUUUACAUUAUAUUGUUUUAUGCUCUCUUUGUAAACCGCUUUGAAGUUGUUUGUUUUUGUUUAGAAACAAGCGGUAUUUAAAGUUUAUGAAAUAAAGGAAUGAACAAAACAAUUUUUAGCUUAUUUCUUGAAUUAGGAAGGUUCUUUCCCAUUGUUAUAGUUAAUAAAAAUAUUGAAAUAUGCUGUAACAUAUCAAUAGAUAUUAACAGUGCUUUUUUUAAACAAAAAAAGUUUAGGGGUACUCUCAUUUUGACUCAAGAAAAUCACCAUUUUAUAGUUCAAAUCGGGAAAAAUAAAUACAGUAAAUGGACAAAAGUAUAAAGAUUCACAAAAUGUUUUGGGGUAUACGUACCCCUGCAUACCCCCUCAGAAAAAACCACACUGGAUAUUAAUCCAGUUAAACAGCAGACAUUUUCUCCGUCGGGAUUCUUCUUUUGCAGAUGAUGGGUUCCAAAUUUAUCCAACAUGUUAAAGAUCAGAGCACAAUUCUUACUCUAGAAUAGAGCUUUUUUUUGUCACCCCGUUGUUAACCAAAUGGUAUUGUUGAAUGUGUCAUAGCAUACUAUUAGUGUAGGUCUUAGGAAAGUUUCUGUAAAAUGAUCUUCAGGUGUUACUUAACAUUAAAACACCUUAGCCAUAUAUAUAAAACAGCAAGUAGUAUUUGUUGGAGAAGUAAGAUGCCCAGUACUAGAUGUUUUACUCAUCUUUUGGAACUGUCAUAAAAUAACAAAAUUUUGUACUAACAUUAAAGAAAUUGAAAUUAUCACAGGACAUACCAUGCCAAGGGACCCAUUGAAGCUUCUUUUUGGUUGCCUAUGGGCAACAGGAAGAUGAUCCUUUAUUAAGUGCAGCCCAUAUCACUGUUUUAUAACUGAAACAAAAUCUGGCCUCCAAGUUUGGAGGACUAGCUGAUUAGUUUGAGAUAUAGCUUGCAUGGUUAAAUUGACCAAUAUGAUUCAGUUCAAAAAGGUUAGGCACAACUAUGAUUGUUUUAUUGAAAAAUGGACUCUUCAUCAUCUGUGAUAAGGCACAAAUAAACUUAAAUCCAUAUGCUUUUUUGGAUUCUCCAAGAUCUUUAUUUACUGUGUUAAACAUAACCAACUUUUCCUCUCCUUUUUUGCUGUUCUGUUUGUACGUUGUUUAAAAAAAACCAAAGAAAAUAAAGCAUCCUUAGAACAGCAGUCAUCACAAUGAAUAGGGCUGAAAGCAAAAAAUGCAGGAAAUUCCUGUGCACAUAUAAACAUUUUGUACAUAUUAUAGAGCUCUUUAGCACCUGGCCGCGGGCUUUUUAAAGUAUUUGUAGAGGUGAAAUAGGUUCAUUGGAGAGCUUAAGGGCUAACAGUGCAAUCCUUUUCAUGUCUGCCCCAAAGCAAGCCCCACUGAGUUCAAUUAAACUUACGUAUUCCUAGGUCAGUUUUGGCUUACCGCCUAAAACAUUAGUUAACCUGAAAUGGAUUUUACAGUAAAAAAAAAGUGAGUUGGCUUUCAAAAUUCCUGUUUGGUUCACUGAUUCAUGGUGAAUAGUUAAUAGAAUUUGGAGAGUUAAAAAUAUUGGUACAAGUUUAUAGACUUUGUGACAAACCCUUAACUAGAAUAUUUGAAGGUAGAUAUUUGUGCACUUUAUUCUUUAAAGGAAGAGUGGGGGGGAAGCCAAAAUUCUCAUUUUCUAAACUCCAGACAAAUUGCUGUCCAUGUUUAUAUUACUUUUUAGAAUUCCUUUAGAAGUAACAUGUGGUUAUAGCCUUCAAAUAACUUGUAUAUCUCUCCUUUUUAGGAAGAUGAUGACAGUACACCUGUAGAUUUGACGAAGCAUCUUUAUCAUGUAGAAAAGCUUUUCAGAGAAAGCAUUCAAAGGUAACCACUGUCAUAACAUCCUUUGUAAUGAAAUGAAUUACCUUCAAGUUGUCAGUAUAUUUCUUUUACAAAUGCAUAUAAUAAUAUAAUCAUUGUUCGUUUCAGUCAGUCUCUUGAAGAGCUGUUGGAAGCUUAUCAUAAUCAAGUCGAUAAACUACUUAAGAAUGAGGUAAGCAUUAUGUCUUGCUGCGCUAAACUUACUUCUGUGGCAAUAAAAAAAUUCCUUCCAGGAGCACCUUAGAGACCAACUAAGUUUGUUAUUGGUAUGAGCUUUCGUGUGCAUGCACACUUCUUCAGAUACACUGAAACAGAAGUCACCAGACCCUUAUAUAUAGUGAGAGGGUGGGGAAGGGUAUUACUCAGAAGGGUGGUGGGAAUGGGUGAUUGGCUGAUAGGUGUGGUAAACCUGUUGACGACUGUUAAUGACUGCAAUUGGUCUUACAGGAAAAAGCAAGGGGUGAGAUGGCUAAAAAUAUUUUUUAGCAGAUGGCGCUGUGGUCUAAACCACAGAGCCUAGGGCUUGCCAAUCAGAAGGUCGGCGGAUCAAAUCCCCGCAACGGGGUACGGGAAGGUCUAAACAGGAAGUCAGCCUUCCGUUUCUUUGUAGAUAGAUUAAAGCAAAGACAUGGCAAACUAGAGCUCAGAAAAUCGCUUGUAAAGGACUAACUUUCAUCAUUUAAGAUUGUGGAACCCCCUUCGGAAGCAGGAGAAGAGGGGGGAUUUUUUCUGAACUGUUUAAACCUGCAGAAGUGAGUGUAAAGUAACUUUCCACCGUCUUGAUCCUGGAGUGGGGUGUCAGGACUGACAUUUUUUGAAGCUCAUUGACCAGAGACAAACGUUUUUGACAGAUAGCUAAAAGAAGAGAAACAUAGUGAUUCCAUUGUUCCCCUUCGCAUUUUAAAGGAAUAAAUAUUGACAAAAUAUCUGAAAAAGGAAACUUUGUUGUUAGAUUUGUCUUUAAAAGAAAAGAACAAAUAGAAGUUUUUCCCCUAGAGGGAGCUUGUGAAACUGUAACUAAUUCUGAAUCGGGGAGCUUGCAGCUGUUACAGAUUACGAUCGUGGGAGUAGACUUUUGACCUUGCAGGACAAUGUAUUCAGAAGCUCUGCUGUGUGCUCUCUGUAAAACAAGUGCCCUACUGGAACAGCUACAUGAGAAGACGGACUUGAUGACUGAUGCAAUCAAAAAUUUUGAACAGGCAGUGGGAAAUUAUAUGGAGUCCACUCAGGAAUUAAAUCAGGAGUGUGCCCUGACGGAACAGAUGAGGGAAGAGGAUGUUGCUGUAUCUUGGGCGCCAGAGAUGGAGGGAGCUGUGGCCCAGCAGGAACAUGAGCUUUUGGAUUUGACAAAUGAACUUGGAAAAAGCCAGAUUUGGAAAGAUAAAGUUUGGUUUGGUUUGGAAACGGGGGGGUGGAUAGACCCUCCUAUGCAAGGAUGUUUGGACUUUUCAAGUCUGGCAAUGGGCCGUGAGAUGUUUGGGGUUGUGGGGCUCUUAAUUUUGGAGAGACUUUGAAACAUGUUCUUAAAUAUCACAUGGAGUUUAGUGUGGACUAUGGAAAAGGGGCUGAUAUGUCGAGAAGGGUCAAAAACAUUGCUAAGCUGGAGUUCCCACGAGUGAAAGGAGCAGGAGACAAAGGAAAAUACAGUUAUAAAUAUGAAGAAGAGCCACGGAAGGGACAUGGAAGGGACUUAAGGGCCUCGGAUAUAAGAUUACCAGGUUAAUGCGCUAGAUUGAUGAGAUAAAAAGGACUGACAAAACUCAGGACCAGGAAGAAGAGACGCUGGAUGAAGAUUGGAUUGUUUUUUAAUUUCUUUUUUAUUAUUAGGAUUGUUUUAUAAAACUGAUGAAUGUUAGAAAAAUGUUGGAACGAAAUUAUUUGGCUUUAUCAAAAAUGUUUAAAGAAUUAUGUAAGAAUAUUAUGGUUAUGAGAAGUUGGUAAAAAUAAGAUUUAAGUUUUAGGUUUUAAGGUUUUUAUAGUAAGAUAAGAUUAAAAUAGAUUAAGGUAAUGUAAUGACAGAAUAUUAUGAAAUAUGGAAAGGAUUUGCUGCGACAAUUAACAACUAGGAUACAAAAAAAGGGAGGAGGAGGAGGUCAAAGAAAGAAGGUAAUGACAGUUAAGGAUUUGAGAAUAAUGGAUUUGUUUUUAAAUGUUUGUGGUAUAUUUUUGUUUUUUGACCGUGUUGUGCUAUUUUUUGAUUUUGAUUUUUAUUAAUUUGUAUUGUUUGAUGUGGUUUGUUUUUUCUUUGUUUUUUCUUUCUCUUUUUCUACCUUGUUUUCUUUUGUAAUUCUAAAAAAUUUUCAAUAAAUAUCAUUAUAAAAAACAACAACAAAUCCCCGCAACGGGGUGAGCGCCUGUUGCUCGGUCCCGGCUCCUGCCAACCUAGCAGUUCGAAAGCACGUCAAAGUGCAAGUAGAUAACUAGGCACCGUUCCAGCGGGAAGGUAAACGCCAUUUCCGUGUGCUGCUCUGGUUCUCCAGAAGUGGCUUAGUCAUGCUGGCCACAUCACCCAGAAGCUGUACGCCAGCUCCCUCGGCCAGUAAAGUGAGAUGAGCGCCGCAACCCCUUUACCUUUAAUAGUAGUAGAACUGAACUAUUGCAGCUUUCUCCAAAUCUGCUAAGUCUCACCACCCUGGUCCAUACUUCCCCAUGUCCACAUUCCUCCACAUUAAAAACAAACAAUGGUGGUCAUGUGUAUUUUUCAGAGUACAAAUGAGAAUCCAUAUAGAUCUUUAUAAGGGGCUAUACACCCUUUGCUGGACAGGGAUAGCUUGGCUGCUGUGAGUCUUGUGUUCGUACUCACACAAUUGGACUCCUAAUUCAGAACUCUGUCAUGUGCUUUUCUCAUCAGAACCAGACUAAAGCUGUAGAUCAUAUCAUUAAAUCUGUUCGAAAAAUUUGCUAUACAUUGGAUGGGGUAGAGACUCCUGCAAUUACAACAUCUGUAAAGAAGCUAAGAAGAGCAGUUAACCUUCCAAGGAGUGUGAGUCCUGAGGUAAUUGGUUUGCCAUAUUUUGUGGUGUGUACGUGCUUUGUGAGAUAUAAGGAACAUUUAGUCCCAUCCCCCGCAUUACCUGCAGACAAGUUGAUAGGGCAAAUUUGGGAAAGACAGGUUUUGUUUCACUAGCCAAGAAGCAUGGCGUGAGGUAAAUGGAAAAUGUUUCUUCUUAUUUUUUUGAUGAGGGGGGAGGGUUUUGGAGCAUGGUGAAUUUUGUCCUUCUGCAAUUACAGCCUUUGAAGGGACUUGGGGCAGUGAUAGUGAUGACGUUCCUCCUCCCACAUCCAAUUCUGUACUUUUACAGUGGAGGAUGAGAGGGCAGAGAGAACUGUGGCAUUUACAGUAGGUGACAAGAAACCCAUAUUUUGCCUCUACAGAAGUAAAGAAAGAAAGAACUAUUAUGAAAUUUUCAUAGGAUAGUUUUAACAAUCGGUUGGAUACCUGAAUAACUUUCAUUUAUAGUAUAGCGUAACCAAGGGUUUUCCACAUAUGUGAGGAUUGUGUUUUCCAUAUGUUAUUGCACAGGUGUCUUUAACAUCUUCUGAUGAGACUAGCAAGAAUGCAGUUGGUAAGUACAAAACUUGCAUCUAAUUUUGUUUUUAAUGUUUGUUUUAAUGGUUACCUUCCUAAAGCAAAAUGUUUUAUUUUAGGUGCCUUGCAACUUGAAAACCCUCUGCAAACGAGCAUAGAUCAGCUGACCUCAGCAGUAUAUGCUCUUCUUCAACUCCACUUGAACUCGUGCAGCAGUCCCUUAAACACUCCAAAGAUUCAGAAAAGCACUAAAGAAGCAUGGACUGCCACAGAGCACCUCCAGUUCACAAUAUUUGCAGCUCACGGAAUCCUUAGUAGCUGGGUCUCUGUGUGAGUAACUAAACCAAAACGCACCUUUUACCCCAGUGCGCACGCAUCACAAUGUUUUGAUUCAUCAUAAUGUUUGUCUCCCUUUUACAGUUAUGAAAAAUACUAUUUGGUUUGUUCUCUUACCCACAAUGGAAGAGAUCUUUUCAAACCUGUGCAGUCCAAGAAGGUUGGCACUUACAAGAAUUUCUUCUAUUUGAUUAAAUGGGAUGAAUUGUAAGUGGUGGAUUUUUUAUUUAUCUGACUCAUAAAAAUAUUAUGGUUUCUCUGAGCAGUAGUUAUCACAUCCCCUGAGAUUGUUAAUUAAUGCUAGUGAUUCCGUCAGACCACAUAGUUAACAGUGUCUUUCAUUUUCUAUGCUCUGUCAGUGCAUGAAAUUCUGAAUAGUUUACCAGGUCCUUCAGCAUAAUUUGCAUAGAACCUCCCAACUUUUCAAGAUAGAAAUAACUAAAAAUAAAAUUGGUGUUGUUCUACUGUUCAGUUAUUAAUGUAUUCAGCUGGUGAAGAAAACAAGAAAGGAAGCUUGCAAGCCCAGGUUCCAUCCCCAGUAUUGUCUUGGGGAUCAAGCUGCUUCCCACACAAUGGAAAUUCCUAUACAGAACUGGGAAUUUCCUCAUGUGGGAAACUAUGAGGAAUCCUGUGUGAAGCUGAUGGCAUAUGAGACAUGUGCAUACAACCAAGUAGGCAUGUGCUUUUUCCCAGAUGGCAAACAAUUUCUUACACAAAAGUGAUGGAUGUUGGAAAUAGCCAUCACCAUAUUAAAAGCAUGGCUUUACAAAAGUCAGCUGAUUAUUCCUGUUCCAUUUCUCAUCAUGCUUCUAAUGACUCUGUUUCUUUGUCACUAAUGUUUAUAAAUAUUGCAUGAAAUAUUUUGUCCAUGUAAGAGGGGUUUCUGUUGAAGUAUGGUGAGGGUUAGUGAGAUUGCAAUAGUGCAAUUAUCUACAUUUAGUUGGCAAUGGAGAAUAAAGCAUUGUUUUAGCAAUGGGGGAACUACGUAUUGAUCUUCUUGAACAUAUGAUAUAUUUUUAAAUCAUAGUUGUCAGUAAUUCCUAACGAUUCUAUUUCUUUAUUUUACAGAAUAAUUUUUCCUAUACAGAUCUCUCAGUUGCCAUUAGAAUCCAUCUUAUGCCUUACCCUCUUUGGAAUAUUAAAUCAAAAUGGUGGUAGUUCACCAGAUUCCAAUAAACAGAGAAAAGGCCCUGAAAUGUUGGGUCAAGUUUCCUUACCUCUUUUUGAUUUUAGGCGGUGAGUAUUCAAAAUGUCUUCUGUGGCAAAUAGUAUAGUUUUGUUAGAGGGAGGUUACCAAUUUUAAUCCAAAGAAAAUAGAAUUGAACCUAAGAAAAUGGAAAGAGAAAUGCAUUAUAUAGGUGGGAUGGGCUCUAGAUAACAGCCACCUCCUAUUUUGAAUAAUAUGUUUUAAAUAUGUUUAUUCUUUCAAGGGGUGGAGUGAUAGGCUGGCUCCAUGUUAAGGAUUGUGAUACUUUUGAAUACUGAGUGGUGUUGACUACAGUCCUGCUUAUGGACUUCUUAAAUCCCUAAUUCAUAAGAUUUCAGCUAUUAAGGUUUUAUCACUCUAGAAAUUCCACUACUUGUACGAAAUUCUCUAGGUUCCCAGUACAUUGUGCAGCCAAAUGUAGUUGGAAAGCAGUUCCCAUCAUCCUUGACCAUUGGCCAUGGUGGCUAAGGUUAAUAGGUGUUGGGGCCCUCCAGAUGUUGUUGGUACUAUAUGUUAGCAGCCCCAGAGUGAACUUAAGGAAUACUGCAGGUACAGCCUUUUUUCAAGAACACAGAACACAGUCAAAUGGGUUGUCAUCCUCCACUUGCUAGAAGGCAGGAAAAAACAUUACCACUUCAAAAUAACCUGUAGAUUACUCCUGUCUUGGAGUGGCAGGAUUUUGCUGGUGCUCUUCUGGCCUAGUCUUUUCUGGCUCAUUGUGUGUGCGAUCUGUGUGAUAUUCUGAGUGUAGUGAGUGAUUCUCUGUUGUUGUCCCCCCACCCCACUCCACCCCCUGAGGCCUUUUCCUCAGCAUUUGUGUCUUUCAUUCUGAGCCAUUUCCCCCUCAGUGACUGUCUUUCUUUGUUUUUUCAUUAAUUAUACAGUUGAUUCUUCUCUCCCUUCCAAUUAAUUCUUUCCUUUGUCACCAAAUUGUACAGUUGAUUAUCUAUUGCCUUAAACCCCAAGUUGGGGGCUUCCUUACUUAUUAAUUGUAUUUUUCUUACCUGGGUUCAGCCUUCAAUUCCUUCCUUUAAUUAUCCCUCCUGAAUUAAUUCAGUUUUACUCUUGAAUGUGUGCAUGAAGCAGCAGCAUUGUCACUAUGAGCAUCUUGCACGACUGUGGUCUUCUCUAAGGUAGCUGUCCUGACGGAUGGGCGACAUCCUCAACAAUUCCACUCUAAGAUGUAGAUUGCCUUCAUAAAACAUCUCUCAACUUCUUUAAGGUUGCUGUGUUUGUGGCAGAUGGAUCUGUGGACACAGCCCAUUUGUGUCUCAUGCUAUGGCAGCAGAAAUAGUAUCAAGACGCAUUGUGUGAGGAAACUGAUCCCAACUAGACUGAUCUUAGCAACAGAUUCUUUUGAUGGCAGGGAGCUUGUGGGAGAUGACAAUUCAUUAGGUGACAUUUUCAUGGAGAUGGAUAAAAAGAAGGCAGUGCCAUAAGAGGGAGGAUAAGUCUCCUUUUUGGUGCUUCCAUCCUUGUCAGACUUUUCAUGCCUCCUGUUUUGCUUGCAAAGGUCAUGAAUUUUGAUCAAAUAUGCUACUAAAGAUUUCAAUCCAGAGGUCCACAGUGCUCAGGACUUCUGAAAAUUACCUUUAUAAGCAUAUGGAAAAUUAUCUUUAUAAGUUUGCUGAUGCUGAAGUAUAUGAAUCAGGUCUGAGAUGAUUCUAUGAAAAAAAAAAUUUUUUUCUUCCUAGUAAUAACUGCUUAAGUUGGCUCUUUAUUUGAUUUAACAAGCAAAUUCUGUCCUCACAUUCCAACUGCUAUCAUUUUGUAACUGAUAGUUCUUUCUCUGCACAGAGCACUAAAUUCUUCUUGGUUUUGUGUCCGUAGAAUGUUGACUUGUGGAACAAAACUUUUACACAUUUGGACACCUCCCACAAACCUUGUCCCUGGAGCGGUCCAUAAAAAAGGAAAUUUAAUGGAAAGAAUAGUAUUGCAGGUAAUGCUAGUUCCCUCUUAAUUGCUUUUAAAAGCUUUUAUACCCUAUGCAGAAUUAUUUGAGUAGUAAUAAAUGAUCCCUUCACAAUCUCAUCUUCUUUAAUCCACUAUGAAAAUUUGAGUGCUGUAUCUCGUCAUUACUUGGACUCUUUUUGCAAAACUGUGAGAGGAUAUAUCUGGCCUUUUUCUGCUUUAGCCUUUUUGUAUAUGGCUGUGCAGUCCAUGCACAUACAAAAGAGUAAAAUAACUGCAGAGUGAUGAAGAAAUAUGAAAACUUCUGUGACGUAGUUUGCCUUGAGGGUUUAGACUUAAAGAUCUCUGUCUGAGGGAUUUGCACAUUACAAGUUCUUAUACAUACAACCCUUUUUUUGUGCAAGGAUGAGUGUUUAAUGCAGUUUAACAGACCAUUUUAUCAUCCUGAUAAGCAUGCUGGGAAAUGAUUGCAAGGAUCACAUUCUCAGUAUGCUGUAACUGCAAAAAUAUACAUAGAUCCUUGUACUUGAGUAUGGACCUUUGCAUCCCAAAGUGGUGAUGCAUGAUGUCUAGCCUAUACAUACAAUGUAAUGAGAUGGUGUGGUAGAGGGAGACUGUAGUACUUCAAACUGCUGGCAGCCAUAAUACUUUUGAAUGUGCUCCUAUGUAAAUAAAAAAUUAACAGAAAGUUAGAACCUCUCUUCCUAGUACUUCAGUUACUUGUAAUAACUUCUAGGGAACAUUUUAAAAUGGGCUUCUCUACUUGUAACUUCAUUUGGUCGAUUUUGCAUUCUAGGUCCGCUUUGCACAUCACAGUAAAGCUAUUUUUAAUUGUCUGGGCACAUAACACCAAUCCUGGCCUGACUGCACUGGCUGCCAAUUAGUUUCCAGGCCUAAUUCAAAGUGCUGGUUUUGGCCUACAGAGCCUUAUGCAGCUCAGGACCACAAUACCUCAAGGAUUGCCUCUUCCCAUAUAAACUGAUCCAGACCCUGCUGUGAGGCCUUUUUUCAUGGUCUCCCUCCUUGGGAGGUCUGGAGGGUGGCAAUAUGAGAACAGGAUUAUUCAGUGGUGGCUCUCACUUGUGGAAUGCUCUCCCCAGGAUGCCCUGCCUGGUGCCAUCAUUACAUAGAUUUAGGCACUAGGCAUUUCUUUUUACCAGGCCUUUGGCUCUUAAUUAUCUGUGGUGUCCUUGAGUGGGUGGGGCAUUUUAAUCCAGUGUUUUAAAAAUAGUUUGUCUUUGAGAUUCCCCCCAUGCCAGUUUUAAAGUAAAUAUUUGUUUAUAUAUUGUAAGUCACAUUUUGCAAUGACAAGCGUCAUAUGGAAACUUUAUUAUUAUAUACUAUAUGUAUUAUUUGUGAGAACACUUCACGCUAAAUGAUCUUUUUGAUCUUUAUGGUCUGUGGCUUUGAUGUUUUGUUAUUUUAUUGUGAGGGGAAAGAGGACAAAAAGUGGGUGCUGGAAAUGAGGUUGUAAUUGGGAUGUAGAAGUAGUUCUCUGAGUUGCCAUGUCAUAGUUUGCGUCAAUAAUUUUACUUUUUAAAUUUUUCAGAUUGAUUUCCCUUCCUUAUCAUUUGAUAUUGUAUACAAAAUUCCUCAAGCUGCAAACAGUACCACAUGUCAUUCCAUAGAAACAUUGGAAAAAGAUUCAAGAGAGCGUCUUCUUUCCAUUCUUUCCAAGGAGGGUACACUUGGGUAUGUUGUAUUGCGUUAAGCGUGGCUAGUCAUCAUGGUGCCCUCCAAAUAUUUUGGACUUCAUAUCUCAUCAGCUUCAGUUAGGACAGCCAAUGUUCAGAGAUUAUGGGAGUUUUAAUCCACAAUAUCUGAAGGACUUCACUUUGGUUUUCCUUAAUAUUAAGAGUACUGGUUUGCCUUUCUACAUAAUUAUCCUACAGUCACCUUUUAAUUUAAUAUACAUGUUCAAAAUGUUGCACUUUAUUAGGUGUUGAGUUUCUCCUUCUUCUAGUUUACAAGUCCUGACAAAAUUAUCUUCAUGUAGAUAUAGAUGCAGAACAAUACUGUAUUUCCACACAUUUGAAUCUAAUGUCUAAAUCUUUCCUCUUUUGUGUGCGAGACAACUUGAAACCUGACAUUCUUUACAGAAAAUACUCAUCAGAAUACCAUAAAGCAUGCUGCCCAUCUGUAUAUUGCCAUAUAUGACAAUCAUCCCUGCAUUUAUUUUUGUUUUUUAUACAGCUUGUAUUUUGACUGGAUUUUUUGUGAUCUGGGGAAAUCUUGUCUUUUUAUGGUCCUGUUUGCAUGAAAUAAGUGGCAAAAAGUUGGGAGAUAGUUGUUAGUGCCUCCCUGAAGGAAACUUGUUUCUUGUCCAUUUGAAGUGAGGGGUGAUUUACCUUUUUAUGUCAAUAUGUGUAGAUUGUGUUGAUCCUGAUUAGACACAUCACAAUUAUUCCCUUUUUAGGGAAGCUGACUGAAGAUGUCAUCACAGUACAGUGGUACCUCGGGUUAAGUACUUAAUUUGUUCUGGAGGUCCCUUCUUAACCUGAAACUGUUCUUAACCAGAAGCACCGCUUUAGCUAAUUGGGCCUCCAGCUGCUGCCGCGCUGCUGGAGCACAAUUUCUGUUCUCAUCCUGAAGCAAAGUUCUUAACCCAAGGUACUAUUUCUGGGUUAGUGAAGUCUGUAACCUGAAGCGUCUGUAACCCAAGGUACCACUGCAUAUUUCUAGGCGUUGCAGAUUCAGGUGUCUUUUCAGUAUUUCAGUAAUCUCUGUCCAGAGGUCAACAUGUUAAAUAUUUCCCUGUUGAUUAUCCUGGACCUCAAAGCUCCUCCUUUUAACCUUUUUGGGUCUGCAGAACCUGUUGACUCUUAGUACCACAGAAUAAUACAGUCGUACCUCAGGUUACAUACGCUUCAGGUUACAGACUCCGCUAACCCAGAAAUAGUGCUUCAGAUUAAGAACUUUGCUUCAGGAUGAGAACAGAAAUCGGGCUCCGGCAGUGCGGCGGCAGCAGGAGGCCCCAUUAGCUAAAGUGGUGUUUCAGGUUAAGAACAGUUUCAGGUUAAGAACAAAACUCCGGAACGAAUUAAGUACUUAACCCGAGGUACCACUGUAGAAGGGUCAUUCCAUGUCAAAUGAUCCAGGGACUUUUACCUUACAAUUUCAUAUUGCUUUCAUUUCCAGUUUCCUAAAAGUAGUAUAAGAGAAGCUACCUGAUCUCAGUUUUUAAUUUUUUAUUUCAUCCUGUUUUUGAGUUAUGAGGGUUUGAAAUUUCAAAAAAUUGACAAUUUUGAUCUUGCUGGACUACAUAAAAACCUUAAAAUCUCAGCCCAGGACUGAAACCCACCUUACCCAUGAUGUCAAGGCCAGGGCUUGGGCAAAGCCCACUUAAGCAGUUUCCAAAGUUCUGUUGGGAGCCUUUGAAAUGCUUCACAGAGUAGGGUGCAAAGGAUGGCAAUCCUGUUGGGUUAUGUGUGUGUUCCUGGUCUGGGUGUCCCACCCCCCCAUUCAUUUCAAGACUUUUCUCCUUUGAGUUUGGGACUUCAAAGCAGCAAAUCCCCUGACUUCAUUUGUGACAUCACGUGGUUGUCAAAUUUGACCCGUGAGGCAGAUCCUAAUAAUGAUACGGCCUUUGGAGUCAAAAGUGUUGCCAGGGACUGGAAAAAAUGGAACCUCUGCUGCAGUGGAUCUUAUCUCUGACUAAACAUAGGGAUAUAAUAAGGUUUACUUGCCGACUUUUUAUGGGGAAUACAGUACUUUUUAGCAGUAUAUGGAACAACCAUUUUAAUUUCAUUUGUGACAGAGUGUGGAAAGCAAUGGUACAUCAGCACUAAAGUCUCCUAGCAUGAAUUCAACUCAAAAGCCAUGCUUUAACAUUCUGGCUAUAGCAGCCUUUUUCCUGCUUGGGCCUUUUGCAACAGUAGAGUAUAAUAUUGUGUUCUGCAUGUCCUAAACUUUGCAGCUGUUUUCUUCCCAAGGGGCAUGCAUUAAUGACCGCUGUGAUAACCAUAAAUAUAUUGUCAUGAACUAAUAAAAACGUUUUGUCUUUCUUUCUUUCUUUCUUUCUUUCUUUCUUUCUUUCUUUUGUUCUUUCGCUCUUUCGUUCUUUCUGUAGAUUGUCUAGAAAGGAUAAAGCAUUUUUGUGGGAGAAGAGACAUUAUUGCCAUACAGAGCCAAGCAGCCUUCCAAAGAUAUUAGCCAGCGCACCAAACUGGGAUAUGACAAAUCUGUCUGAAAUAUAUUUGCUGCUUCAGCAGUGGCCUCCCUUACCUCCUCUGACUGCAUUAGAAUUGCUGGACUCCAAGUAAGUAACAAGUUCUGAACUAUGUUGUGCUAUUCUCUUCUUCAAGUGAGAAGUGCAAGUCACAUUCAUAAUUCAUUAACUUACUGUUUGCUGCUGUUUGCAGCCACACAAUUGUGUCCUUGGAGAUUGCAGAUGAUUACAUGUGCAUCUUGCAAGGCUUGGGGUUAUAAAUUGCUAUUUUUUUUAGUAGGCUUGUAGCCUGAUUACGGUGGUGCUGUGCCAGUACAUAAGUGGGAUGGAACAUGGUAGUCACCUCACCAGAACAUUACAGUGUUAAUGUUGACAUUGGAAGAAUGUUACAUAGUUUUGCAGGCGGAUUCACAAUUAGGAAUAUCCCUUAUUGGUACAAUCAAGUGUCUUUCCUGUUGUGUUCUACUGUAUGUACUGAUUUAGAGAGUCACAGAAUGACAGUGCAUUCUGAGAAACAUUUCAACAGUCCCCAUAUGGAGGCGAGGCUGCAAAUUCUCAAGACAAUUUUCUUUGUUCCCCUGCAAAUUAUAGCACAUUUUAUAUAUACCGAGAACUGGUUUAGAUUCCUCAUUAAUAAAAAUAAUUAUUUAUUCCAAAAACCACCAGGGAAGUAUGCUCUUGUCAAAGUUAAACGAAACACUGUUUGUUACAGAUGUUAUGCUUUGUAGCUUUGCAGAUCAGGAAGUAAGAACAAGAGCUGUGCAGUGGAUUGAGGCAAUUAGUGAUGAUGAACUUGCUGACUUUCUUCCCCAGUUUGUGCAGGUGAGAUGAAUGACACAUUUAAAUAUCUUGAAAGCGAAGGGGCAGGGAACUUGGCAUUUACUAAUUGCACACAAAAAAUAUGGAUCAUUUUGACGUUUUGAAAGUGUAGCAUUUAGAUACAGUGUUAUUUAGUCCAAUAAAUUCAAACUAUGGUUUGUAAUUUACCUGGUGUGAUUGGCAGUUGCUUUUAAAAGACAAACUGGACCUCCCUCCUUUUUCCCUAACCAUUUCCAUGCAUUCCUGGUUGCUUUUGCUACCCCUUUAAUAUAGACACCCUCCUUCCUUCUUGGCAAGGGCCAGAGAGAAGGGAAUACUGAAGGAUUAAUACCAGGCAAGGCUGUGUGCAUACAAUACUGGAGAAAUAUUUCCAAGGCUGCAAUGGAACUCAGUUCUUUGGUUCCUAUCUAAAAUGAUGAUAGUGAGCCUGCCCAAAUGCUAAGAUCAUUUGAGACUAUUUUCAGUGCCUCCUCCCCACAGCUUCUGAAAUUAGGCAGGCAGUGACUGAAGAGAAGCCUUUUCCAUCUGUGACACCCCACAUGUGAAAUGUCCAGGGAAGCUUUCCUGGUGCCAGAUGAAAACUUUUUAAUUUGCUUAGGCCCAUCAUCAUAUAAUUAAAAGCAGUUAAUUGUUGCUGAUCACAGAUUUUAUUGCGUAUGCUAGUUGUUGAUUGCCCAUUUGCUUAUAAGCCAGUAUAAAUUUUGAUUUAUAUUUAAAAUUCGUGUUUUGUAAGUAGUUCUAUUUUUCAUUGUUAUGGGAGGUGUCCAACAAAAGGGCAGAUAUUCUAAAUAAGUACAUAUUUUCUGAAUGAAUAGUAAUUUAAUCUGUGCUGAAUAGCUUAACAUACCCAGGAAUAUGGUUAUGGGAAUAGUUUCCCCCUUAAAAUAUCUGUAAAACUACAUGUGUCUGGUUGUAGUAAGCCACCUACAGUUGUGUUCACUGAGUAUUACAACUAUAUUUUAUACUAGUUCACUGUAGCCCCUCAAAUAGACAGCUGCUUUAAUAACUAUGUUGGUUAAAACUUGAUCUCUCUUAUAUAUUUAGGCACUAAAAUUUGAGACCUAUCUGGACAACGCUCUAGUCAGAUUCCUUUUGGCCCGAGCAUUAGGAAAUAUUCGAAUAGCACACUAUUUAUAUUGGUAAGAAGAUCUACAUUCUUUUUGUUAUCAGAUUUUUGUUCUAAGAUUUUAUAUUCCCAGACUUUAGCUAGUCUGAGAAUAUAAAGUAUAUUAUUAUUAUUAUAGAUCACAGUUCCUUAUAGCGUAGAAAAAUAUCUGCUGCCACCACUGGAAAUAUUUUUAAUUACGUGUUCUGAAAAACCAGGAGUGUACUUACUUUAUGAUGUCCUGGGCUGCUUCUUUCUUUUCCAGCAGGCUAACUUAUAUUGUAAAGUACCACAUUUUACAUCAGCCUUUUUCAUACUAGUGCAGUUAAUUCAUCAUUCUGUAUCCUAAGCAAGAUGAUGCUUCAUAAUGAAAACCCACGUACAAAGGGUAACAAAAUGAUAACACCAAUUUGACGUCAAAUGUAAUGUUCCACUACAAAUGUAGUGGAAGUAGCGUGGCCCUAACCCUGAGAUGAAAAGUAGUUUAUCUAUAACACUUUCUCUAAAGUUCCUUGAUAGGAGUCUUCUGUGGAAGCUGAAAACCCUUUUCUGCAGUACUAGAGAGAGCAUCUUAACUCUUAAUUCACAUUUCCUUGCCUAAUCCAUGGCAUGUUUACUCUGGUGUAAUUCCCACUGCCUACACUGAGGCUUACUUCCUUGUAUUUAGGAUUGUAGCCUCUCUCCCUUCACACCUUUUCUUGCAUUGCUUGUGUUGUAUGUGUCAACUAAUACUGUGUUCUGUGGCACUUUAUAAUCUAGUUACUGCAGCAGGAAAUUUAGUAGCCUAUGGAGGGUGUGUGUGUGCAGUUUGUGAAGAAAACUAAUCUAAUAUUACGUAAUAUUUCAGGUUACUGAAGGAUGCCUUGCAUGAUAUCAAACAUGGUGUAAGGUAUGAGCAUAUCCUUGGUGCCUUCCUUUCAGUCUGUGGCAAAGGAUUGAGAGAAGAGUUGGAAAAGCAGACAAAAUUGGUACAGAUUCUGGGAACCGUAGCAGAAAAAGUAAAACAAGCAAGUGGAUCUUCCAGACAGGUUUGUUACAUUAGGAAUAUAUAUUUGUAUGUGUAUUGCUAAUUAAAAUCACUUCUCAAUCCAGGUAAAUUUUAACCUUGUACUGUUCAUUAACAGAUUGUCUUACAAAGCGGAAUGGAACGUGUUCAGUCCAUUUUCUUAAAAAACAAAUGCCGUUUGCCUCUCAGUCCCAGCCUUGUAGCUAAAGAACUGAAUGUCAAGGUAUGGUGUGUCUCUAGACUUCUAAUCCAGUAUAAUAUGUAUGUGCUCACAUCUAGUAUACAUGCAAGAAUAACCAGCAGGAAAGAGCAAAACUGCUUGGCGGGCAUAGGGCAAAUGACUUGAAACUGUAAAUGAUUAAAACCAUUGUUGGAUGAGACGAAAGGUCAAUCAGUCCAGUUUCUAAUAUUAGCCAGACAAGUCCCUCUGGGAAGUUCACAGUAUGGCAUGAAGUCAAGCACUCCUCCCUUUAUCUCCCUAGGAUAUGACACUUGGAAUCAUGUUGCCUCUGUAUAUGGAAGUUCCAGUAAUAACCAGAAGACAGAACCUAAAAUUCUCUGUAUGGGAAUUUUCGACACAGAUUUUGAAAGUGCUAAAGAAAAUAAGACCACCGUAAUUAGAAAUACGCAUACAGUUUUUGCAUAAUCUCAUCUUGACUUCAGUGCUUUGUGAAAUUUGAAGACAAAUACAGUCAUACCUUGGAAGUCGAACCGAAUCCGUUCUGGAAGUCUGUUUGACUUCCAAAACAUUUGGGAACCAAGGUGCAGCUUCCAAGGCAGGAAGCUCCUGCAGCCAACCAGAAGCCGCGAUGGAUGUUCAGGUUCCAAAGAACGUUCGCAAACCGGAACAAUAACUUCCAGGUUUGCGGUGUUGGGGAACCAAAAUGUUUGUCUCACAAGGCGUUCAACUUCCAAGGUACGACUGUACUGAGGUACCAUUGUACUAAACUGUCAAAUAAAUUUGCGUAGAUGCACAGCUGUAGGAAGAAACAGGAAGUUGUUGAAGCCAUAUUCCUUUGCAUGUCCCCGCCCCCCAUGCAUUCAUGAGCGUGGGAUAAAUCUUAUUUUUUUUUAAAAAAAGGAUACAUUGCUAAUAAGAUACAAAAUAAGUAACAAUAAAAGGAGGGAGAAUGAACAAUAUAGAUAAAUGUGUAUAGUAAAUGCAAGCAGAUUUUUUAUUUAAAAAGCUUUAUAAUACUGUUGGAACAUACUUUGCUAUUUUUAUAAUGAGGCACUAGGGUUAGAUGAUACAAUGCAAAUCUCUGUAAAUCUGUCAUCCUCACUUCAUCAAUAUGGCCAUGAGAAAUAACAAAAAGAUAUUGCUUUUAAGUUGAGCUUCUGUAUCCUUUGUGGUUCCCUUGUUUGCUAGUUUAGCGAAAUUAAUUAUAAUAUUUUCUUGUAAGGAUUGCUGGAGCUCUUUGGUUGCCUCUGUAUUGCUAGUUAGUCUACUGUUGCAGUAAUUAAAGUAAAUUGUAUUUUGCAGGCAUGUUCCUACUUCAGUUCUAAUGCAGUACCUCUUAAACUUGCUCUGGUGAAUGCAGAUCCCUUGGGAGAAGAAAUUAAUGUCAUGUUUAAGGUACAUUUUUUCAGCAUGUGUUUGACAGACAUAUUUUUGUGGUAACAAAAAUUUGAUAAAUCUUUUAAAACUAGUUAACUUUAUGAUACAUACCUAUGGCAUGUAUGGCUUUGCAGUAAAGUAAUUGGGUGGGGGGUACCAAUACAGCUACUUGCCAAGCGACCCUAGGUAUGCCUCUGAAGGAGCUAUAGAUGGCAACGAAGCCCUGAGCACAGAAUGCUGUUCUCUGAGUUUUUGAGGUUUUUCCAGGCCUUUCCCAUUCAUCUUCAAAUAAGAAGUACUGAAUUUUCUAGCCAAACAUCCAUUUCUGGUCAUGUGCAGAAACGUAGUUGACUAUACACACCCCAGCUUAUGACACAUGUCCUGUUGAAAGUCACUCUCUCUAUUUGCAUCCUUACUUUUGUUCUAGGUUGGAGAGGAUCUGCGUCAAGACAUGUUGGCGCUGCAAAUGAUAAAAAUUAUGGACAAGAUCUGGUUACAGGAAGGACUGGACCUGCGGAUGGUUAUCUUCAAGUGCCUUUCAACUGGCAAAGAUAGAGGUGCAAAGCGUUCGUAGUUCCCAGAGCAUAAUGCCUUCCAUGCCAUCUAGAGUUUGGUCUGCUUUUCGUGUCUGUUCCCAGUGGGAACACAGCUUUAGCAUGAUUGCUCUAAAGCCUCUGCCUCAAAAGUAUGUCUGCAUUUGCAGAGCAAGCUAGAGGAGCACCUUGCAAGUGUAGUAGUAGCAUCUUUGGGGGAUGACAUAGACAGAGCUAUCUGAUAUAAAGCACCCUCCUGCAGUUUCAGCUGUGUCUGAAAUCAGUUGGAUAAAGUGUUAACAUGGAUGUAAAGGAAAUUCUAUCCCAUAUGAAGAAAUCUCAAAUAUAUGAUUGGAGAGGAGAGCUAAAAAUUGUAAGGAUUCUGCUGCUAGCAACUUCUAAGUCUAAAACUGUUAACGUCUUUUUGGUUAUCUAAAAAGUAUUGAUUUGAUUUAAAGAUCAAUUUGAAUGAGCACGGGUACAAAUAUUUCAUGUCAUGCAACAUUAUUUGUCAGCAAGCACUUUGGAUUCACAGAAGUAUUUCUUUAAAAUGUUUGAAGUUAAGACUUAAUUUAAUCCAUUAUAGAAAUAGAGUAAAAAUCCUGUAUGCCUGACAGUAAAUAUUUUUUUGCUUAUUGGAUUUAAGGUUUGGUGGAGCUUGUUCCAGCUUCAGAUACACUUAGGAAAAUUCAAGUAGAGUAUGGAGUGACAGGGUCCUUUAAAGAUAAGCCCCUUGCAGAAUGGCUAAGAAAAUACAACCCUACAGAAGAAGAAUAUGAAAAGGUAACUUUAAUAUGAAACUGAUGCUGGGAAAACGCACAUGGAGCCAGGCCACCUCUCCUCCUCCCUGCCCCCUGACUUUUCCUUUGCACACCAAGGAUUACUGUCUGAGUCCUGCUUCCCUCUUUCCUUAAAAGAGCCCUACUGUGUCAGUUUAUCUAGUUCAGCAACCUGCUUCUUGCAGUGGAUAGUCAGAUGGCUUUAUGUUUUUCAUAAACUUUCCAUUGUUUUAAAGUAUAUUUUAUGUAACCCAUUCUGAAGACCAUUCAGUGAGCGGGAGGCUAUAAGUAAAUAUGGCUUCAGAACAUGAACUGAUUAUGAUAUGUAAACUGCCCUGUGAUGUUUGGAUGAAGGUACACACACACACGUUAUGAGAUGUAGAGUAAUCGUUGUUAUUGAGAAAAGGGCAUAGCUCAGUGGGAGGGCACAUAUAUUGCAUCUAUAAAGUCCAGCUUCACCCUCUGACAUCAGAAGCAGAGAUAAUGACGUUGAUGUUUAGAUCCUAGAAAAUAGCUUCUGUCUGAACUAGGUGGACAAGGAUGUUACUUAAGGCAAGCUUUAUUUUCUUGGGGGGGAAAUGGUUAGUAGGCUUAGCUUAAUUUUUAAAUAUAAGAUGCUAAAUAUUUAUUCUAGCAUUUGUUUAUUUUAAAAGGAAACUCUUCUAUUGUGCCUUGGGGUGGUCACUUCAGUGCUGCUAAUGCAGCAGUUUGACUUCACCCCCAGAGGCACAUUCCAUUGUCUCUCGAGACAGAUGGAUGCCAACCAACUAACCAGCCAGAUUCUGUUGUGAUGUUUAGAAACUCCUGUUGAAGUACAUAACAGUUUUUUUAAAGCAAAUAUUACAUAUUAGAAAGAAAAGGAAGAUCUACAGUAACUUUAUUACUAUAUUACUUUGAUACUUUUUAUUCAAAUUUUAGUGCAAUUUUUUUGUUACACUUCCUAAUUGCGCAUGUUUCCUAUUAAUUUGUAGAAGCCAUUUUACUGUGUGCCUUAAUACGUUUUUAACUCUUCAGGUUUUCUCUCCCCUAACUCUUCUUAACACUGCUAAAACCUACUUGCAACACCUGGCACAAGAUGGUGCUUACUCUUUUCCAGUUGAUCAUAUUACCCAAUUAACUUCUCAAAAAUUAAGCAAAACUUAAUACAAUCCUUAAAAGUCCCUAAUUAUGUUCUAUUUGAGUGAUUGGCAGUUCUGCUACCACACUUGACUUAUGUAUGAUAAACCACAGUAGUAUUCUCCAAGUAGUAAAUUAGUAGUAAAUUAGAUUGAAUCUAACUUAACAUUUAUUUUUCCUUUUACUAGGCUUCUGAAAACUUCAUAUAUUCUUGUGCUGGGUGUUGCGUGGCCACCUAUGUCCUAGGUAUCUGUGACCGUCACAAUGACAACAUCAUGCUUCGAAGUACAGGACAUACAUUCCAUAUUGAUUUUGGAAAGUUUUUGGGCCAUGCACAGAUGUUUGGGAGCUUUAAGAGGUAUGAUUUCAAAGUAAAAUUUGAGGCUUCACUAUACAGCUAACUUUACAGCUAUAGUAAUGAAUGGUCUUGAAAAGAUCGAUAGCUUUCUGUGGCAGUAUGCUCUGUUAGCUGUAACUUUUCUUCCAAAAUAAUGUUAAAUAUGACAGUGUAUGAUUGCCAUACAGACUCUGCAUCUGAUAAAUAGAGCUACAUUGAUCUUAUUUCGACCUAUGAAAAUAUACAAAGAAGGGAAGCGGGCUGUGGGCCACUGAUACACUCUGAACCAUUUGCUUACAGCAGUUGCUUCCUUCUCCAUUUUGCACAAUUUGCAGAGUUCCUGUGAAAUUCCCUCACGUUAGAAGUUUAGAAAAUGAAAUUUCAGUACUUAAAAAUCUGUAUUUAAUUUAUCUCUUCUUUCUAAAGGGAUCGGGCUCCUUUUGUGCUGACAUCAGAUAUGGCCUACGUUAUCAACGGUGGUGAAAAACCUACCAUCCGUUUCCAGUUGUUCGUAGAUCUCUGCUGCCAGGCUUAUAACUUGAUAAGGAAACGAGCCAACCUUUUUCUUAACCUCCUAUCACUGGUAAUAGUUUUUGUAUUGUAGGAGGUUUCACCAAAUAAGGCAAGAGGCUUCCUCUCCUCCUGCAACCUCUGUUCCAGACUGUCCCUCAAUCUUCAGAGCAUAUUUUGGAAAAGGGGGUGCAGGAUGCUGAAGCAGAGAGGAGAGGAUGGGGAAGUUCUGUUUCUGGGAGGGGAAGUCAGUUGUGCAAGUGGGCUUGUAACCCUUGGAUGUUUUCAAGUGAAUGGUUCUUGUGCUUAAAGACAACUACGUAGUGUUAAGUGCAGGAAACUGCAUAUUAAAUUUAUGUCAUAAUGACUGCAGUAAUAAAAUCUGGAAAUGCUAUUUUAAAAUAUAGUACUGGUUUGGUUUGGUUUGGUUUGGUUUGGUUUGGUUUGGUUUGGUUUGGUUUGGCUGUACCAGUGAAUAUUUGAUCUUCUCCAUUUUUAAAACAUAUCUGUUCACUCUAUAGAUGCUCUCUUCUGGAUUACCAGAACUUACUGGAGUUCAAGACUUGAAAUAUGUCCAGGAUGCUCUUCAACCCCAAACUACAGAUGCUGAAGCUACAAUUUUCUUUACAAGGUACCACUUUUUCUUUUCUUUUUACAAAAACCUUAUUUAUGCAUGUUCAUCAGUUUUAAUAAAGUAGGUGUGAUCAAUUCUGUGAUCUAUGAAAAUAGUUUUCCUUUUUACUCCAAUUAAGCAAAUGUACUGUACAUCUCAAAGGCAAUGAACAUGAUCUGAUUCCUCCCCACUUUUUUGUUUUUUAGGUUGAUUGAAUCAAGUUUGGGAAGUGUUGCCACAAAGUUCAAUUUUUUCAUUCACAACCUUGCUCAGCUGCGUUUUUCAGGCCUGCCUUCCAAUGAUGAGCCCAUCCUCUCUUUUUCUCCCAAAACAUACUCGCUUAAACAAGAUGGUCGUAUCAAAGAAGUGUCUGUCUUUACAUACCAUAAGCGAUACAACCCAGAUAAAUAUUAUGUAAGUAUGUGGAUCCAUACUGUGUCUUAAGAUUUCCAGGUUUUGCCAUUUUUCAUUUUAUUAUUGGUGCAACGUGCAAAGUCCUGAAGCUGUUGCUUCUCCACAAAUAUUGCCUAUGUAUUAUCUUGGAACUUGACAUCAGGUUCAUCAAGACAUUUAACUGUGGGGUGAAAGAAGUAGUUUGUUACUUUAUUAAGAAGGGUUCCAGCCAGAGAGGCAGUUGGCCAUGGAGAAGCUCCCUUCAUUCCAUAACGGGAUAGACUCUGAAAUCCUGAAUGUGUGUGUGUUCUUUUGCCUUGCAUGCUUCUGCAGAUCAGGAAGCCAUGGCCAGUUCCUGUCUGCCAUCAUUCAGUGUUUAUAUAACAGCUUAGCAAUACUAUUUCAACAGCUCAGGAUCCCAGGUUAUGAUCAGUCUGAAUUGCAUUGUCCACAAAUCUAAGUGCCAAGCUUUAAUUCCACAAUCUAACAUUACAAGGGAAGCAUAUUUCCAGGAUAGUGUCAUACAGUAGAAAAUGAAUUCUGUAAAUGUUGGGUGGGCCUGCUCUGCUUUUUUGGCUUCCUGUUCAUAUACAUAGUGUGCGCACACACCCUGUCACAGCAAACAUAAAACCAAUGUAACCUUGAAAAUAGCUUGCAGCCUGUCACUGCUGCUUUUCUCAUUAAUGAAACUCCGCUUUCCUGCCCUCUUGUGUAAGAGCUUUGAGGACCUAUAAUUCUGAGGAAGAAACCUGUAUACACACUUGCAACACCUGGUACUGAAAUUAUUAUUGUUCUUUUUGUGUAUUUACAUGCUUGACACAAUGACAUUCUGUCUUUGCUUUCUUUUGUUGGAUGAUGGGAAAUAGAUAAAAUGAAGAAUUUAUGUGUGUGUGUUUUUAAAAGUUAUUAAAGUGUGUUCCUUUCUGAUUUGGCAGAUCUAUGUUGUCAGGGUUUUAAGAGAGGGGCAAAAUGAACCCACGUUCAUUUUUCGGACAUUUGAUGAAUUCCAGGAAUUCCACAACAAGCUUGGCAUCCUAUUUCCUCUUUGGAAGUUACCAGGGUAGGUUCCUAAAACUCAAUUAAAUAUAAACAAAGUAAUUUGAAAUCCACUGAGCUUUCAUGUUUUGCAACAAUUAAAUUUUCUCAGUAACAUUAAAAAGUGGACAUAGCAAUAGUUCAAUGUGUAAUAUCUAUGCUAUGCCAUGCUAUGCCCAUCAGCCAUAGCCUUUCCUGUGAACUGAGGCUCACUUCCUGGGAUUAUACACAAGUGAAGUGUGAAAGUUAACCUUUUAUGAAAUACAUUUCCCCAUGUAUGCAGUACUCUUAAAUUCCAGGAGCUAGGCUGUGAGUAUACAACACUUUGUUGUAACUGGCUCUGAAGGAAAGUAUCAAAGAAGGAUACAGAACAGUCACUGUAGUUCCAUAGCCCUAAAGCCUUCAUUUAUUUCAGUAUCUCCUUAAGUUCUGUUGAGCUUUUUACUUUUUGUAAAAGUAGUAGUAGCUUCUCCCUGAAACAAACUGUAUUUCACGACUCAUUUUUUAAUUGAGAAAAGAAUAUCAUUUUAAAUUAGUCUAAAAUUCUGCCCGGGUCACAGACUGGUAUACAGUUUUCUGCCAUUCUUAAGGAUAUGGUGUGUCAGAAUGACUCAAAGGAUGUUAUAGUAACAUACUAAGGGUAACAUGCAGUGCUGGUCAUCCACCAUUUAUUUCAGCAGGUCGGCUCUGAAUAUGACAUAGAUGUCACACACAGAACUUUGCCUAGUAAUAGCUAUUAAUUGUUGCUCAGUUCUCUUGAGUAAUGCAGACACAUGAGAAUUUAUUUUCUGUAUUUGUCAUUUCAUUUCUGAAAGGGACUACAACAGUUGAUGAUGCUUGAGUAUUUGCUUUCAGUGAUUUUAGAAAAGGGAGAGGGUUCAGAAGGGUGGAAAAUAUUUCCUUGGAGCAUGUGUGUUGCCAUGUUACCUUAUACUUGGAGUACUCUUGAUAUAGUAACAAAUACUGGACAGCUGACAACAGUAUAAUUUGCAGUGUUCCUUCUGUUCUAUUGUAAGAUUGUCCAAGCUUUUGGACCAACUCAUAGAUUAUACUAGUAUCUUGUCUUACAGUCUUGGAAGUAUUUGUUUACUUCAGCAAAAGCUAAAUACUGAUUGUUGCUACUUACUCUUGUUAUUAAUGUUGUGUUCAUUGUGUCUAUAUUGCAGCUUUCCUAGUAAGAUGGUUUUAGGAAGAACACACAUAAAGGAUGUAGCAGCCAAAAGGAAGGUGGAACUGAACAGCUACAUACAAAGUUUAAUGAAUGCAUCUGCAGAUGUUUCGGAGGUAGUUCUACAAAGUAAUAUAAACAUCAUUGUUUUAAUUCCUUUAUGUUGGGUACAGUCACCUCAUAAUAACAUUUUGUCUUUCCACAUCUAGUGUGAUCUUGUUUAUACAUUCUUCCAUCCCAUACUUCGUGAUGAAAAAGCUGAAGGAAUAGAUGGAAUAGCCAAGUGUACAGGUAAGAAUAUCACUUUUAAAGAAGAAAAGGCAACUUGGAUCGUGUCCUGAAAAGUGAAAAUAUUUCUUGUAGUUACAUUCUAUCAAGCACAAAAAGGGAAAUCAUAAAGACAGGAGUACAUAUGUAUUGAACUAGUUAUUGAACAUUUCAGUCAUUCCUCCCCCACCCCCUAGUUUUUCCUAGCAUACAAACCAAUAAUUCAAAAUAACUUGAGUGUGAAUAAAAAUAUUUACCUGUUUAAAGUGUCCUUGAAAGAGAAUGUAUCUCAAAACAUUUACAUUUGAGGGUUUCUUUUUCUAUUUUAAAAUACAAGUUCAAUGAUUUUGUGUGCUGGUUUUCUUCUCCCCUCCCCUUUUUUUGCUUCAUUUCUUAUUUCAUAUUGAAUAGAAGAACCAGCAAAUAGAAUAUAUUUCAACAAAUGUCACAUUUCUCAUUUUGCCAAAGAAGUCCACCCAUGAAUAAAUGUCUCCCUUCUACACUCAUCUGUAAUUUAAGCUCUGUGGGAAAUUGUCAAACCACAAACAUAUUGGUAUAAAGUAGUGAAAGUUUUUGAUGGAGAGGAGGUGAAUUUGUUAUCUAAUAAAGUGUGUGUGAUUUGUCCAGUGGGCUUUGUGCAGUUCACUCUAUUUUGUCACUAUCUCCUCAAUAACAGUUUGUUGGAUUCAUCUCUGAUAGUGUAACCUUAUUAGACUUUACCGAUUGGUGGGCUCUGCAUUGCUCCCAGGAGGGAGGGAGGAAGUCAGAUGACACCGAGGGUUGGUUCAGAGAAAGAGUUCUUUAUUUCUGCUCUCCAGAACAGCAGAAGGGCACUCGCGUGGUCAGUCCACAGCAAGUCCAAAGAAAUGAGAAAUUUCAUGCAGUAUAUAUAUCCUCCAGGCACCCUCUCCCUCUUCCCCAGGAAUCCAACCACGUCAGCCUAUACACGCAGGUUGACAUUACAUGUGUUCCUGCUCCGGUAUUCUUAACAAUAAAAGGGUUUUCCUUCCUGUACUUCUGACCAUAAAAGGGUAUUCCUGUUCCUACUCUUAUCUUGGAGCAAGAGGUCACCAACUCCAAGAACACGCUCUGACGCUGUUCCCAGACUAGGUCUGUGCGUCAGUGUGGUCAGGACGUAAGAUAAGACCUAGACGUGUCAUCCCUGUUCUACUGGAACAACCAAGGUCAUCCUUGCCGUCAUGAACUGAUAAAGGAGAGGGCUCUGAGCACUUGUUUAUACAACCGGGUUUUUGUUUAUACAUUGACUCAGAGCUCGUUAAUGGAUUUUAGCUAAGGAAAAAUAGGGAUUUUGGUGCCUGUUUUAAACUGCCUUCACAGUCAGUUUUUGGUUUGGGAAACCCAUUCCUUCAAUAGUAAUGUGAUACAGUAGUGCCUCGCAAGACGAAAUUAAUCCAUUCCGCGAGUCUCUUCGUCUUGUGGUUUUUUCGUCUUGCGAAGCGCGGCUUAGCGGCUAUUAGCGGCUAUUAACGGCUUAGCGGCUUAGCAGCUAUUAACGGCUUGGCGGCUUUAAGAAAAAGGAAACAAACUCGCAAGACAUUUUGUCUUGCGAAGCAAGCCCAUAGGGAUAUUCGUCUUGCGGAACGACUCAAAAAACGGAAAACUCUUUCGUCUAGCGAGUUUUUCGUCUUGCGAGGCAUUCGUCUUGCGGGGCACCACUGUAUUACAUGUUGUCAUUUCAAGUAGUCAGAACUCCAUAAACUGGCCUUUUCAGGAUGACCAGUACUGAUCACAGAGAGUGCUUUUCUCUCACAUCCCAGUUACCCAUGGUGCCACUCUCUGAUAGCAGGGAAUGAUUUUCCCUCUGUGGGAAAAGGGAAUGACAAGUGCACAGGUUAGAUAACGUUCUGACUAUGGAUUGUAGAGGGAAAUAUCAUUCUGCCUUUUCUUUUUUUAAGAUGUGAGCCCUUCAAGUCCUACCUCGGGCAAAGUAGGAGGAGAAGUUAAACUAUCUAUCUCCUAUAGAAACAGCACUCUGUUUAUCAUGGUGAUGCACAUUAAGGAUCUGGUAUGUACAAAACUGGAAAAUGCAUAUGAUAGUUCAUAGUAGAUUUUGGUGACAAGUAGUUUGCUCUUACCAAUAGUUAUUUCUAAGGGUAUGAUCCCUAUGAUAAAAAUCCCUGUGUUAUUUAAACAGCAACGCCAGUGUCUUACUUUAUUUCAGUAUGGUUGAUGGUUGUUUCUUACAUCAGAGAUGUGCUCUCAUUCUCAGGUGACUGAUGAUGGCACAGACCCAAAUCCAUAUGUGAAAACAUACCUGCUUCCGGACAUACAUAAAACCUCUAAACGGAAAACCAAGAUAUCACGGAAAACAAGAAAUCCAACAUUCAAUGAAAUGGUAAGCUGAAAUAAGCUAUGUAUAAUAUUCGGUGGCUUUUCAAAGCAAAUCCAUGUUACAUAGCUAUAACUGAUGGAACACAUCAGUGGGCCCCCAUUGAAUUGCCCCAAUGGGAGUAAGAAACAUACUCUAAAUCACAUCUAUCCUGCAGCUGCCAUAACACAUGCUGUAUGAAACAGCUUAGGGCCAGAAUAUAUAUAUGUCUGGCUGUACAAUUUUCCAAUUGCUUUUACAUCCCAAUAUGCCUUAAGCUAUUAAGAGAAGUCUACCACCUUUUCAGGGUGUUCGGUGUGGAUCACAGAGAAUGCUUUUCUCUCACAUCCCAGUUAACCAUGGUGCCACUCUCCAAUAACAGGGAAUGAUUUCAAAAAUUGGGAGGUUAGCUUUAUCCUUGAAAGCACUGUAUCCCUGUUUAUGAAUUCGGAGUGGGAGAGGAGAGCCUCUUCUAAAAUAUUUUCUUCAAGCAAGAAUCCAGUGCCAGGAUUUUUCCUGAAAAUCUGCCUCUUUAAAAAAAAUUAUUCUCAGUCUUCUGAAUGUUACAGUUAAAACAAUGGAAUAUGAAAUUGGGGGUGAAGGUAGGGAAGGAACUUUGCAAGUCCAUUUUUAAAGCUUAUUUUUACAAGCCUGUUUUCAGUAGAUCAAAUCACUGAGGUCUUAAACUGUACACACUUGGGGGAGUGGGUAAGCUCAAUUUGGUUCACUGGUAUUUACUUCUGAGUAGAUAACCAAAAGGUUACAAAGGGCUUGUGCAGGCAAUCUGGUGAUCCUUGUACGUCCCUCUUCCUCUCUCCCUCCUGUCCCUCUACCCCAACAAAUCUCUUCUGCCUAGGGGGUGGCAGACACUAGAAAUACACCACUGCAACUGCAUUUAAGCUAAGAUGUUAGAAUAUUUGUGAACAAUCCUUGACAGCAGAGCAAAUAAGGCAAUGACUAAUUGAAGAAUUUUUCAUCUAAUAUAGGUGGGUGGGUAUAGGUGGACAUCUAAAUCCAUAUAUUCACAGCUGAAUGAAGCAUUCCAGAUAUAUUUAUGGAUUAAUCUAAGGGUGUGCCCACGAUUACAGGUGUCCCCACAUGACGAUAAUCUGUUGAGUGGGGAUUUAAAAUGAAUGCAGACACUUGCUGUUGUAAUCCCAGGGGAUGCAGAUGGGAAGUGUGUGCAUGGAAAUCAGGGACAUGUAACUAUGUUGACAUUGUCGCUUUCCAACUUUCAUCACUAAUUAAACUAUUGCCCUUCAAAGGGUAGGUGCUAGUUCAGGGAGUGGAAUGUUUUGAAACAUAAAUUAGUGAGCAUAUUCCAGUAUUUAAUAAAAGGAUUUAAAAAAACAACAACCCAACACCAUUCCCACUCUAAAUGAAUGAAGGUCAAAAGAAAUACACCAGGAUCCGUUCCAGAGCCCUGUUUGCAUCCUGAAGCGAAUGUAACAUGCACGCACAGGUCACAUUUCGCUGCUUUCACGCAUGCGCGUGACGUCAUUUUUAGCGUCUGCGCAUGCGCGAGCGAUGAAACCUGGAAGUAACGCGCUCCAUUACUUCCGGGUCGCCAUGGAGUACAACCCCAAAAUGCUUAACCUGAAGCGUAUUCAUCCCGAGGUAUGACUGUACCUUAAAAACAUACAUUUGUGUUCAGGUACCAGCUGGUGGCGGGUACCAGCGGGUGGCGCUGUGGUCUAAACCACAGAGCCUAGGGCUUGCCAAUCAGAAGGUCGGCGGUUCGAAUUUCCGUAAUGGGGUGAGCUCCCAUUGCUCGGUCCCAGCUCCUGCCAACCUAGCCGUUCGAAAGCACAUCAAAGUGAAAGUAGAUAAAUAGGUACCACUCCGGUGGUAAGGUAAACGGUGUUUCCGUGCACUGCUCUGGUUCACCAGAAGCGAUUUAGUCAUGCUGGCCACAUGACCCAGAAGCUGUCUGCGGACAAACGCCUGCUCCCUUGGCCUAUAGAGCGAGAUGAGCGUGCAACCCCAGAGUCGUCCGCAACUGGACCUAACGGUCAGGGCUACCGUUACCUUUACCAUAUACCUAUCUUCCAUAUGGCUGAUUGAGGCAGAAGGUUACCUCAGUCACCCAGCAAAUGGUAAUAAGCCUAGGAGUAGAAAAUAAAAGACGUAUUCUAUACAGGGUAUUCUAUACUUACUCACCAUCAGUUUUUGUAACUUAAUCCUGGAUGUUUUGUAAAUAAACUGUCUUGGCUUUCAUUGUUUAUGAAUUACUGUGUGGUUUUUUUUUAUAUAGCUUGUAUACAGUGGAUAUAGCAAAGAGACCCUAAAGCAAAGGGAACUUCAGCUAAGUGUACUCAGCGCUGAAUCGCUGCGUGAGAACUUUUUCCUGGGCGGUGUCACACUCUCCUUAAAGGAAUUUAACUUGAACAAGGAGACUGUCAACUGGUAUCGACUUGCUGCUGUACCAUAUUUGUGAACCUGGCAGCUGAGAGAGGUGAAAAUAAGAACAGAAUUGAAUAAACUCAACUUCACCCAUAUUUGGUCACUUUUUCCUACUUGAAGAUAACUCACACACUUUAACAUAAAACAUGGCAAUUUGGCAGAUUGCUGUUGGACCAGCCUUCACAAAGUUUAAACAGGGCUUCUGGAAAACCAGCUCUGCUUCAUGCUUUUACUGUAAUAAUAUCCAAGCAUUGCUGUAAAUGAAUUGUAUAAAUUUAAUAUCUGUGGAUAAUGAAGUUAUAAACCUUGACUAGAUGUUCCAAAUUAAAUCUAAGGGGUGUUUCUUUUUUAAUUAAAAAAAUAGAUUAGAUUCAGUCACAUUUGAAUUGUUUGCCUGUUGAUACAUUGGAAGCUUGCUUUAUGCUGCUGUUAUCGGACACAGUACCAUGUCAAAAAAUAUCAAAGUAAAAAAAAAAAAAGAUUGCUCCUUGUCAGAAAAGAGUUAGUGGCUGCACAAACUGUCAAAAGGGAGAUUUAAACAGACAGCUGGAGAUGCUCCUUAGUGAGCAUUUGGACUCAUUAAAUCUCUUUGAGGCUAUUAUCAGAAUGAGUGCCAGUAAUGGAAGUAAUAAACAAUGGUGCCUUAUUUUGUCAUUCAGCUGCUUCUUAUACCUCAUUUCUGAUAAUUGUUUCUAAAACACUUUUUUAUCCAGCUUUUUUUUAAAAAAGAAUGAAUGUUUGCUCACAUGGUUUGCUAUAUAAAUACUUCAUUUAACAUUCCUCCCCCCUUUUAAGUUUAUUCAGCUUCCUUAAGUCAAACUCAGAUGGCACCAAAAUGUUAAAUGCUUAUCCAGUUGACUUUGAUCAUUUUUGUGCGCCCUUAAGUUAUACCUUGAUAAACGGCCACAUUAAGAUAUACAUUGAAGCUAUUUUAUGCCAUGGUUUGCUGCAUAGCACAUAUAUUUCCAGAAAGUAAAUGUUAUGGGCUAUGCAUUAUUUGGUAGGGAUUUGGGAUUCUGUUUCCAGGUCACUUUAAAGAGCAGAAGAGCAUAGUAUCAGCUGCCGGUUGAGAAUAAGUUGCACUAGAAACUUUGGGUGAUGUGAUUGGGCACAAUAACAGUUUUUCAGUCUAUGAGCACUAAAAGAGUAAUCCAAGCACCUUAUUCACUCCAGUAGAAACUGACUUGCUAAAAUGCGUGGAAGAUGCUCUGCACCACCUUUUAGUGGAUUGCACUCUGAAUCCACUGAUUUUAAUUGUGUUCUAGUUUUCUACAUUUGUGUGAUACUUAGGGAUAGGUUGCUAUAAAUAAAAAUUACUAACUGGUAAAACGAAGAUUUAAAAAAGCUGAUGUAGGAAGUGUUUAAAUUGCACCAUGGCCAAUAUCCAACAUACUUUGAGUAUGCCCAGUGAAAUCAAUGGACUCAUAAUUUAAGUCCAUUAAUUUUAUUGGGUCUACUUUGAGCAUGACCUAGUUGGAUAUCACCUGAUACAUUUAAAGCUAAAGCCCAAAUACUUCUGAAUAAAGCUGAUCUCUCAACUGUCCGUAAUAAUGAGCUUAAAGCAAAAUUAUGCAAUGAUAAAGGAGGAUAAAGUAGACAAUGACAAUCUUUAUUUGCCGGGCAACUGAACUAAAAUGUGAUCUAAUUUAUUUACCCUAAAGCAUAGUGAGGUCUCCAUUUUCGGACCUAAUAUUAAGAAGUGCAAGGGAGAAAUGGGAAUAACAUUUUGCUGCCUGAAAUAUUUGUGGUCCAAUUGUACAAUAAAACCUUGGAAUAUUUCUCAGUGUCAAAAUUACAUUGUGGCUAACAAAAGCUACUUGAGGUUUAAAAAGUCCUGGUUUUAUUAGCUUUGAGUUCAGUAUGUAAAUAGUAACCUAUAUAUAAACUAACUAGAUUGUAUUUCCUGCUCACUUGAUGCUUUUUGAGAUGCAUUCCAUUUCAUCAAUAGAACCACAACCAGACAGGAAAGUAGACUACUGUUUUUGUGAAACGUUCCAUUAAAUUACUGGAAGCAAUAUGUACUGCUUUUUUGCAGUCUGCUACUAGAGCACAGUAUGUUACAGCACAAAACGCAACAUUAAAAAGACUCUUGGCUGGAUGCUGGUUAGAAUAUGUAUGCUAUCUAAUGGUAGCAUUUGCCAGUGUUUGUCCAUGCCUGUGCCUUUGCCCACCUUCACCACUUUUCAAAAUAAAGUACACGUUGGUAGAUUCUUAAACUUUUCUUCAUUUACCAUUAAGAACUGUAGAGGAACAACAUUAAUUUUGCAUCUCUUGAAUUAUUUAUAGUGGUGUGAUACACAACAGAUGAUUAUCUUAGUUUGGUAUACACAAAAGGGGAGGAGGGAAUAAUUGGGUUAACAUUUAACACUUUCAUGUUUUUAAAAUGUGGUCUUACUGGCAUUUUAUACAUUGUUAAUCAAAGAAAAUCUUAUGCAACAUGUAUGGACUGCAGCUAGAAAGAAAAUUGUUUCUAUGUACUUUUGAGGAAAACAUCUUGCUGUAAGAAAAAUGACCUCCACGUUUUCUGUACUAAAUAACCUGGCUAUGACUUUGCACUGAAUUUUUUAAAUAUUACUGCUUUUUUAUGAUCUACACAUAUAUAUGAAAGCUCAAGAGAUCUUUGAUAUUUCUCUAUUUUUAAAAUUAAAAUGGUGCAGAAAUCUUAGUAUGUUGCCUUAAAAACCUGAUUGCUCUUUCUAGGAUACUAUACAGUGCAGCUUUCAAAUUGAAGAAAUUUUAUUUCUGGUAUUUGCUGAGUUACGGGCACAGUAUAAUGCAGAGUUAUGUAUGCUUAAGCUCAUUUACACCAAUGGACUUAAGUCUGUUUGUUUUAGAUUGUAGCCUAUGCAUGUUACAUGGAGGAAAACCAUUCAGGCAAUAUAGCACCAUUCUCACAAUCCAUAGGAAUUUAAUUUCCUUCUGUGCUUUGUACUCUCAUACUGUGACUAAAAAAAAGUAUGGCAAAGGUUCAUAGAUAAUGAAAUGCAUUGGGAGCAAAUGUAGAAGUUUGCCUUGAAUUGUCUAUUUAUCUGUAAGAACCAAAUACUUCAGUUAUAUUACACUGAUAGCCAAUAAGGAUGUACAGUACAGUAUUUCUAUCGGUAUCCUAACCCAUAAUAUGUGGGUUAAAUGUGACUCCAUAACUAUCCUACAAUUACAUUAAACACUAUUCUGGAAUAAAUAA